AUGCCUGGACGGAACAGGUACAAUCUGGUGGACGAUGUGGUGGAUUCGCCGGUCCCCCUCGACAAUGAAGAGGCGUACCAACACGGGAUCCAUUUCCAAGCGAAGGUGAAAUUCACGGCUAAAUAUUCUAUAAUAAACAAUUAAGGCCCUUUGAUGUUUUUCCUAUAUAGCUUUUAUUUGUCUUUCCCAAUCGCGCGUCUUGAAACAAUUCCGCCGUCACGUUGUUAUCAUUUGGUGUCCGACUUCAAAAGUCUCAUUCGGUGUGGCUGAAUAAACUCAACUCCAUAGUGAAGAAAGUUUCUGAUUAACUCUACCAAUGGGAGUGAGAAACUCAUCAGAAACUUUCUUCACCAUGGAGUUGAGUUUAGUUGGCUACAUUCGGGUUAGCCGAUAGUUUUCUUUAUUACAUGGCUGCGUUAUUAAGUUCAGGACAGUUGCAAAUGUGUGGUAGCCUGAGGACAUGACUUAUUUCUAGUGGCUUUAGAUACUUUAUCAAUAAUUCCCCCAGCCAAUAAUAUGCUUUCUAGUAGUAGGUUUUCUAAACCUGCAAACGUUCAUAUUUCCUUCCAUCUCUGUAGGUCCUACUUUCACUAGAGUACUCAAUAUUGACUGUUCUUAAGUUGUUCUUGCUCAAACUAUUGGUAAUUGAUUUCUCAAAACUAGGCUAAACAGAAAACACAGAACAUUUUCCCAUUUUGAGUAUUUAAAACGCAUAGAAUAUAACCCUAAUGAUAUUAUGAUAUAUAUAUAAUAUAAUGAUAUUUGAGAUUAUUUGAGAUUAAUCCUACAAGAUGCUUAUAUAACACUAGUGUCCUAUACCAGUAUAAUAACAGUCGAAAGUAAAUAACUAGUUAUAUAUUGCAUUCAGAAAGUAUUCACACCCCUUGACUUUCCCACUUUCUGUUGUGUUACAGCCUGAAUUUAAAAUGGAUUGCAUUUAGAUUGUUUGUCACUGGCUUACACACAAUACCCCAUAAUGUCAAAGGGGAAUUAUACUGAACAAAAAUAUAAAUACAACAUGAAAGUGUUGGUCCCAUUUUUCAUGAGCUGAAAUAAUAGAUCUCAGAAAAUGUCCAAGUUUCCAAAUAGCUUAUUUCUCUCCAAUUUUGUGCACACAUUUGUUUACAUCCCUGUUAAUGAGCAUUUCUAAUUUGCCAAGAUAAUCCAUCCACCUGACAGGUGUGACAUAUCAAUAAGCUGAUUAAACAGCAGAGCUGUAGCUAGAGAAUUGAAUGUUAAUUUCUCUACCAUUAGCCACCGUUUCAGGGAAGCGCAUCUGCGUUCUCGUCGUCCUCACCAGGGUCUUGACCUGACUGCAGUUUGGCGUCGUAACCGACUUCAGUGGGAAAAUGCUCACCUUUGAUGGCUAUUGGCACGCUGGAGAAGUGUGCUCUUCACGGAUGAAUCCCGGUUUCAACUGUACCGGGCAGAUAGCAGACAGCAUGUAUGACGUCGUGUGGGCAAAAGGUUUGCUGACGUCAACGUUGUGAACAGAGUGCCCCAUGGUGGCCUUGGGGUUAGGGUAUGGACAGGAAUAAGCUACAGACAACAAACACAAUUACAUUUUAUCGAUGGCGAUUUGAAUACACAGAGAUACCGUGACGAGCUCCUGAGGCCCAUUGUCGUGCCAUUCAUCCACCGCCAUCACCUCAUUUUUCAGCAUGAUAAAUAUCCUGGAAGCUGAAAAUGUCCCAGUUCUACCAUGGCCUGCAUACUCACCAGACAUGUAACCCAUUGAGCAUGUUUGGGAUGCUCUGGAUCGACGUGUACAUCGGCGUGUUCCAGUUCUUGCUAAUAUUCAGUAACUUCGCACAGCCAUGGAGGAGGAGUGGGACAACAAUCAACAGCCUGAUCAACUCUAUGCGAAGGAGAUGUGUUGUGCUGCAUGAGGCAAAUGGUGGUCACACCAGAUACUGACUGGCUUCUGAUCCACGUCCCUACUUUUUUUUAAGGUAUCUGUGACCAACAGAUGCAUAUCUGUAUUCCCAGUCAUGUGAAAUCCAUAGAUUAGGGCCUAAUGAAUUUAUUUCAAUUGACUCAUUUCCUUAUAUGAACUGUAACUCAGUAAAAUCUUUGAAAUUGUUGCAUGUCGCGGUUAUAUUUUCGCUCAGUGUAUGUUUUUCAUUUUUUUAAACAAAUGAAUUACAAAAUAAAAGCUGAAAUGUCUUGAGUCAAUAACUAUUCAACCCCUUUGUAUGGCAAACCUAAAUAAGUUCAGGAGUAAAAAUGUACUUAACAAGUUACAUAAUAAGUUACAUGGACUCUGUGUGCAAUAAUAUUGUUUAACAUGACUUAAUGACUUAAUUCUUCAAGCUCUUUCAAUACAUGUUAGAAUCACAUUUGGCAGCGAUUACAGCUGUGAGUCUGUCUGGGUAAGAGCUUUCCACAGUAUUGUGGAGUAACUACAAUGUUGUUGAUCCAUCCUAAGUUUUCUCCUAUCACAGCCAUUAAACUCUGUAACUGUUUUAAAGUCACCAUUUGCCUCAUGGUGAAAUCCCUGAGCGGUUUCCUUCCUCUCCGGCAACUAAGUUAGAAAGGAUGCCUGUAUCUUUGUAGUGACUGGGUGUAUUGUUACAGCAUUCAAAGUGUAAUUAAUAACUUCACCAUGCUCAAAGGGAUGUACAAUGUCUGCUUUUUUAUUUUACCCAUCUACCAAUAGGUGCCCUUCUUUGCGAGGCAUUGGAAAACCUCCCUGAUCUUUGUGGUUGAAUCUGUGUUUGAUAUUCACUGCUUGACUGAGGGACCUUACAGAUAAUUGUAUGUGUGGGGUACAGAGAUGAGGUAGUAAUUUUUAGUCCUGAACUUAUUUAGGCUUGCCAUAACAAAGGGGUUGAAUACUUAUUGACUCAAGACAUUUCAGCUUUUCGUUUUAAAUUAAUUUGCAAACAUUUCAAAAAACAUAAUUCCGUUGUGUGUAGGCCAGUGACACAUUGUUUUUCUGAAGGCACUAUAUAGGCUUACACAAUAUGAGUAGGCUACAUGUAAUUCAUGUGACUUGCGACAGCAGCCACACUUUAGAUAUUGUAAGAAUUAUUUCUGACUUAUAGUUAUUAUUAUCCUUUACAAUGCUGCUCCUCUUACACCGUUUAAGCUAGAAAGGUCGUUCAGACUUCUGUCUUUUAUACUUGUUAAUCUAUUAAAGUUGAUCAACAACAAAUAUAUAUAUAUAUGUAUAUAUAUGUAUUUGCAUCGAUUAGCAUAAAAGAACCGACCAACAGUAACUCUUGAAUCAUUCAAGCUAGAGACACCAAACCAAUUUUCUUAUGUUCAGGCUAUCCUAUCCACUGACACAAACAUACUUUUAAAGUGCUGAAGCAAGUCACAACAUUUUUGUUCAUAGAAAAUUACCAUCUAGUUAUUAUUAUUAGGUGGGACUUGCAAAGCAAAAGUCAUGACUUAAAAUCUUCGUUAGACUUAUUAUUAUUCUCCACGCUACUCCUUAAGCUAGAAAUGCCUUUCAAACUUUAAAACGUGUAUAAAGGUCUGCAAUAGUGUGCUAUUUUAACUUUUUGAUAUCUUAUACUUUUUAAACUAUAAUUUUUUCAUUCACAUAAAGGGAAACUUCAACAUUGUUCAACUUCGUAUUCAUCAUCGCCAGCACAACCCAAACACCGACAUAUGUGAAAAAGAUAGCGGAAGAAAAGUGUUUCCAAUGACAUCAUUGGUGAGCAUCGUGUGAUUUGAACUAAUUAUGAGUAGGCAUUGCAUACUAAUUGUCUACUAAUUGGUUGAUGAUGACAGAGCCCUCCACUACCUCUCCACAACCUUCCCCCUCUCGAAGGUACCCUGUAAGGGCUAGGUGCACGCCCACUUACCUUAAUGACUUUACAGCUCCAUAGUCCACACCAAACACCUUGAACGGGGACAGAGUUACAGGUCAUAUAAGGAAAUGAGUCAAUUUAAAUAAAUGAAUUAGGCCCUAAUCUAUGGAUUUCACAUGACUGGGCAGGGGUGCAGCCAUGGAUGGGCCUGGGAGGGAAUAGGCCCACCCACUGGGGAGCCAGGCCCAGCCAAUCAGAAUGAGUUUUUCCCCACAAAAGGGUUUUAUUACAGACAGAAAUACUCCUCAGCACCCCCGUCACCCCUCCUCAGAUGAUCCCGCAGGUGAAGAAGUCUCCCGAGUGGCGCAGUGGUCUAAGGCACUGCAUCGCUGUGCCACUAGAGAUCCUGGUUCGAAUCCAGGCUCUGUCGUAGCCAGCCGCGACCGGGAGACCCAUUGGGCGGCGCACAAUUGGCCCAGGGUAGGGGAGGGAAUGGCCGGCAGGGAUGUAGCUCAGUUGGUAGAGCAUGGCGUUUGCAACGCCAGGGUUGUGGGUUCAAUGCCCAUGGGGGGCCAGUAUGAAAAAUAAAAACAUUAUGUAUGCACUCACUAACUGUAAGUCGCUCUGGAUAAGAGUGUCUGCUAAAUGACUAAAAAUGUGAAAGAAGUCCUGGGCUGGCGUGGUUACACAUGGUCUGCGGUUGUGAGGCUGGUUGGACGUACUGCCAAAUUCUCUAAAACCAAAUGAACAUUAAAUUCUCUGGCAACAGCUCUGUUGAACAUUCCUGCAGUCAGCAUGCCAAUUGCACACUCCCUCAAAACUUGAGGCAUUGUGUUGUGUGACAAAACUGCACAUUUUAAAGUGGCCUUUUAUUGUCCCCAUCACAAGGUGCACCUGUGUAAUGAUCAUGCUGUUUAAUCAGCUUCUUCAUAUGUCACACCUGUCAGGUGGAUGGAUUAUCUUGUCAAAGGAGAAAUGCUCACUAACAAAAUUUUUCUUGAGUUUUGUCAGAGUUUAGAGUGACCAAAAGUAGCUAACAGCUAACUGCUCUCAACAAGAAGUACAACAUUACAAAUCUUUUCCGGCAUGUGAGAUAAUUAACUUGCUAUCUGUAAUAUUGUAUAGCUUUGGAAUUGUGACAUUAGGCACGUUUCUCGACUCAUACCCUGACUUUGAGAAGGGAUUGCGUGACGAUUAGCUUAGAAACCUCGUGCCACAGCAUGACAACGUGAACGCGACUGGUCGACAGUCUGCUAGGUGGGGCGAUAUACGUUCCUCCAUUCAUUGCCCAAUGGGAUUCCUCCUUUCUUUUUUUUCAAUUUAAAGUUUAAAGUUUUCUUGUUUUUCAAUCAACAAACAAAACACAUUCCACAUUCACAGAUGUGGCAGACAUAAAUAAUAUAAUAAUAAAAUAUCAAACAAACACAUUUGCAGCAGCACUAUCUGUGAUCAUGUUAGCUAUUUCCAGCUUUAGCUGAGACAACGAGCAAAUAAUUCGUUUUUACAGCACCUGUAAAUAUGUAUAUACACUCAUUUCCCUAAUCACCCCCCAUCCCUAAUCCCCCAUCCCUAAUCAUAGUUGAGUAGUGGAGACCAGAGUCUAUCAAACCUGGGCUGUCUCUUGCGGAGGUCAGUGAGCUUUUCAAGAGGAAGAAAGUCAACAAUCUGGUCAAUCCACAUUUUAAAUGUAGGUCAAGAAUUAGAAGCCCACAGUAGGAGAAUACAUUUCUUGGCAAAGUAUGUUUUAUUUUUUAUUUUUUUUAUUUCACCUUUAUUUAACCAGGUAAGCCAGUUGAGAACAGGUUCUCAUUUACAACUGCGACCUGGCCAAGAUAAAGCAAAGCAGUGCAAUAAAAACAACACAGAGUUACAUAUGGGGUAAAAAACAUAAAGUCAAAAAUACAACAGAAAAUAUAUAUACAGUGUGUGCAAAUGUAGCAAGUUAUGGAGGUAAGGCAAUAAAUAGGCUAUAGUGCAAAAUAAUUACAAUAGUAUUAACACUGGAAUGCUAGAUGUGCAAGAGAUUAUGUGCAAAUAGAGAUACUGGGGUGCAAAAGAGCAAAAUAAAUAACAAUAUAGGGAUGAGGUAGUUGGGUGGGCUAAUUUCAGAUGGGCUGUGUACAGGUGCAGUGAUCGGUAAGGUGCUCUGACAACUGAUGCUGAAAGUUAUUGAGGGAGAUAAGAGUCUCCAGCUUCAGAGAUUUUUGCAAUUCGUUCCAGUCAUUGGCAGCAGAGAACUGGAAGGAAUGGCGGCCAAAGGAGGUGUUGGCUUUGGGAAUGACCAGUGAGAUAUACCUGCUGGAGCGCAGACUACGGGUGGGUGCUGCUAUGGUGACCAAUGAGCUAAGAUAAGGCGGGGAUUUGCCUAGCAGUGAUUUAUAGAUGGCCUGGAGCCAGUGGGUUUGACGACGAACAUGUAGUGAGGACCAGCCAACAAGAGCGUACAGGUCACAGUGGUGGGUAGUGUAUGGGGCUUUGGAGACAAAACGGAUGGCACUGUGAUAGACUACAUCCAAUUUGCUGAGUAGAGUGUUGGAGGCUAUUUUGUAAAUGACAUCGCCGAAGUCAAGGAUCGGUAGGAUAGUCAGUUUUACGAGGGCAUGUUUGGCAGCAUGAGUGAAGGAGGCUUUGUUGCGAAAUAGGAAGCCGAUUCUAGAUUUAACUUUGGAUUGGAGAUUCUUUAUGUGAGUCUGGAAGUUGAGUUUACAGUCUAACCAGACACCUAGGUAUUUGUAGUUGUCCACAUACUCUAGGUCAGACCCGUCGAGAGUGGUGAUUCUAGUCGGGUGGGCGGGUGCCAGCAGCGUUCGAUUGAAAAGCAUGCAUUUAGUUUUACUAGUGUUUAAGAGCAGUUGGAGGCUACUGAAGGAUUGUUGUAUGGCAUUGAAGCUCGUUUGGAGGUUUGUUAACACAGUGUCCAAUGAAGGGCCAGAUGUAUACAAAAUGGUGUCGUCUGCGUAGAGGUGGAUCUGAGAGUCACCAGCAGCAAGAGCGACAUCAUUGAUAUACACGGAGAAAAGGUGUCGGCCCAAGAAUUGAACCCUGUGGCACCCCCAUAGAGACUGCCAUAGGUCCAGACAACAGGCCCUCCGAUUUGACACACUGAACUCUAUCUGAGAAGUAGUUGGUGAACCAGGCGAGGCAGUCAUUUGAGAAACCAAGGCUAUUUAGUCUGCCAAUAAGAAUGCGGUGGUUGACAGAGUCGAAAGCCUUGGCCAGGUCGAUGAAGACGGCUGCACAGUACUGUCUAUUAUCAAUCGCGGUUAUAAUAUCGUUUAGGACCUUGAGCGUGGCUGAAGUGCACCCAUGACCAGCUCGGAAACCGGAUUGCAUAGCGGAGAAGGUACGGUGGGAUUCGAAAUGGUCGGUGAUCUGUUUGUUAACUUGGCUUUCAAAUACUUUCGAAAGGCAGGGCAGGAUGGAUAUGGGUCUGUAACAGUUUGGAUCUAGAGUGUCACCCCCUUUGAAGAGGGGGAUGACCGCGGCAGCUUUCCAAUCUCUGGGGAUCUCAGACGUUAUGAAAGAGAGGUUGAACAGACUAGUAAUAGGGGUUGCGACAACUUCGGCGGCUAGUUUUAGAAAGAAAGGGUCCAGAUUGUCUAGCCCAGCUGAUUUGUAGGGGUCCAGAUUUUGCAGCGCUUUCAAAACAUCAGCUGUCUGAAUUUGUGUGAAGGAGAAGCGGGGGGGGGCAUGGGCAAGUUGCAGCAGAGGGUGCAGAGUUGGUGGCCGGGGGUAGUGGUAGCCAGAUGGAAAGCAUGGCCAGCUGUAGCAAAAUGCUUGUUGAAAUUCUCGAUUAUUGUAGAUUUAUCGGUGGUGAUAGUGUUUCCUAGCCUCAGUGCAGUGGGCAGCUGGGAGGAAGUGCUCUUAUUCUCCAUGGACUUUACAGUGUCCCAAAACUUUUUGGAGUUAGUGCUACAGGAUGCAAAUUUCUGUUUGAAAAAGUUAGCCUUUGCUUUCCUGGCUGCUUGUGUAUAUUUGUUCCUAACUUCCCUGAAAAGUUGCAUAUCGCUGGGGCUAUUUGAUGCUAAUGCUGUAUGCCACAGGAUGUUUUUGUGCUGGUCAAGGGCAGUCAAGUCUGAGGAGAACCAGGGGCUAUAUCGGUUCUUAGUUCUGUAUUUUUUGAAUGGGGCAUGUUUAUUUAAGAUUGAGAGGAAAUUACUUUUAAGGAACAACCAGGCAUCCUCUACUGACGGAAUGAGAUCUAUAUCCAUCCAGGAUACCUGGGCCAGGUCAAUUAGGAAGGCCUGCUCGCUAAAGUGUUUUAGGGAGCGUUUGACAGUGAUGAGGGGUGGUCGUUUGACCGCGGACCCGUUACGGACGCAGGCAAUAAGGCAGUGAUCGCUGAGAUCCUGGUUGAAGACAGCUGAGGUGUAUUUAGAGGGUAUGUUAGUCAGGAUGAUAUCUAUGAGGGUACCCAUGUUUACGGAUUUAGGGUUGUACCUGGUAGGUUCGUUGAUCAUUUGCAUGAGGUUGAGGGCAUCUAGCUUGGAUUGUAGGAUGGCUGGGGUAUUAAGCAUAUCCCAAUUUAGGUCACCAAGCAGUACAAACUCUGAGGAUAAAUGGGGGGCAAUCAAUUCACAUAUGGUGUCCAGGGCACAGCUGGGGGCUGAGGGGGGUCUGUAGCAAGCGGCAACAGUGAGAGACUUAUUUCUGGAUAGGUGGAUUUUUAGAAGUAGAAGCUCAAACUGUUUGGGCACAGACCUGGAUAGUAUGAUAGAGCUCUGCAGGCUAUCUCUACAGUAGAUUGCAACUCCACCCCCUUUGGCAGUUCUAUCUAGAUGGAAAAUGUUAUAGUUGGGGAUGGAAAUUUCAGAAUUUUUGGUGGCCUUCCUGAGCCAGGAUUCAGACACUGCUAGAACAUCAGGGUUGGCAGAGUGUGCUAACGCAGUGAAUAACUCAAACUUAGGAAGUAGACUUCUGAUAUUUAUGUGCAAGAAACCAAGACUUUUGCGAUUACAGAAGUCAGCAAAUGAUAGCGCCUGGGGAGUAGGAGUGAUACUGAGGGCUGCAGGGCCUGGGUUAGCCUCUACAUCACCAGAGGAACAGAGGAGGACUAGAAUAAGGAUACGGCUAAAGGCUUUAAGAACUGGUCUUCUAGUGCGUUGGGUACAUAGAAUAAAGGGGGCAGAUUUCCGGGUGUUAUAGAAAAGAUUCAGGGCAUUAUGUACAGACAAGGAUAUGGAAGGAUAUGAGUAAAGUGGAGGUAAACCUAAGCGUUGGGUAACAAUGAAAGAGAUAGCAUCGCUGGAGGCAUCAAUUGAGUCGGUCUCCGCGUGUAUAGGGGGUGGGACAAAGGAGCUAUCUAAGGCAGGUUUAGCUGGGCUGGGGGGUCUACAGUGAAAUAGUACAAUUAGAAAUAACCGAAACAACAAUAAGCUAACCAUGUUUAGGCUGAGGCUAAACAUAAACAGGAUGUAGUACCGUAAAAAGGAACAGUCCAGCAGACAUCAGCUGUAUAGCUGAGUUAUCAUACGGUCCGGUGGUAAAGCACUAGCGAGUAAGAGGCCACGGCUAGCGUGUGCUAGCGGGCCGGGGCUAGCAGAUGGAAUCUUUGUGGUUAACGUCGUAACCACAUCAGAUGAUUUCGUCGGCAGACCAGUCGUGUAGGAUCGGCGGGGCUCCGUGUCAACACUAGGUGGUCCCGUCCGGUUGACAGAGAGGUAGAUAGCCGGGAGAUGGGCCUAGCUCAGGAUUAUUAGCCAGACCACAGCGUCCAUUUUGUUGCAGCUAGCUGGUAGCGAUGAAUCCGGAGUUAAAGGUCCAGUGAUUCAGUGAUUCCGGCGGAAAAACGGAUAUGUUCUGGGUCGAUAACGCGCUGUGGGGUCGAUAACGCGAUGUGAUAGUCAUAAACACAUUUUCUCUGUCUGGAUCAAGAAGUCCUGCUGGGCAUUAAGAAUAUAGAGACACGGGGUCAUAUCAAACUGUACAUCUAAUAUUUUCUGUGCAGCAGUAUGUAUAGAUUGCCAAAAUCUGGUAAUCUCUCUACAACUCCAAAAUACAUGCAUAUAGGUUCCACUUUCAGAGUUACAUCUUUUACAAUCAGGAGAAAUGUCUAUUUAUUCUAUGGAGUCUCACUGGGGUGUAAUAAAAUGUGUAAAAAAAUGUGUAAUUAGAUUCUUUAAAUUUUACAUUAGUAGAGGAGCAGGAUACCCUGUCGCAAACAUCCGCCCAUAAAUAAUCACUGAUAGUCAGACAAAGGUCCUUUUCCCAGAUUAUUUUCAAAGGAGUAAAGGAGGAAAGUCUAUAGAUAUAGGAUAUUUUGUCUUUGAUGGAUUGUGCUGUAGCAAGAAGGGUCUCAACUUCAUUCAGCUGAGCUCUAAACCUCUCCUUGGAAGUGAAUGAGGAAAUGACUAAUUUGAAGAUAUUUUUUCAAGAAUGGAUCUAGGCACAUUGAAUUCACUGCAGAGCUCUUGAUAGGAUUUCAGUGUAGUUGUGUUCUGAUGAAACAGGGCUAUUGGCAAGUCUGGGUUGCAUACUAUUGGCGAGUGAGAGCAUAUUUGGGAGGAAAUGCCAAGGUAUUUCUUACAGUCCUUCCAUGCUAGUAGGGUGCUGUAAAUCACAAAGGUUUUGGCUAUGUUGCCCACUUCACUAAAGUUAUUAAUGAAUAUCAUUGAGCUUAGGGGCAAUGAACCACAGGAUGGGCCUCUAUCUAAAUCCACAUUAGGUCUUGUCUGUUUGAGAUCCAUGUUAACGUGUUGCGGAUUUGGGCAGACCAGUACUACAAUUGAAGCCAGGGAAGGGCAAGACCACCCUUAGAUUCAGGUUUCGAUAGAGUGGAGAACUUGAGCCUAGGUUUUUUAUUGCCCCAUAUAAAUUUGGUGAUGCUUUGAUUGGUUGUUUUGAAAAAAUAAACUGGGAGAUAGCAUGGGAGCAUCUGAAAUAAAUAGUUCAAUCUAGGGAGGAUGUUCAUAUGGAUAACAUUGAUUCUUCCGACUAAGCUAAUUGGGAGGGAGAUAAUUUUCUUUGAAAAGGCAAUUCAGAUCUGGUGCUACAAAGAUCCCAAGGUAUUGAAACCCCUGUGUCUUCCAUUGGAACGGGCAGAGUGUCUUCAUAGAGCUGGUGAGUGUAAGAUUGAGAGGGCAAACAAUGGAUUUGUUAAAAUGUAUCUUAUAUCCUGAAAACUUGCAGUACUGAGCAAUUGUGUCUAAAAUGGGAGGGAGAGAUUUCUCAGGGUUGGAUAUGUAGAGCAAGACAUCAUCCGAGUAGAGCGCGAAAUCUUGUGCUGAAGGCCGCCUGUAGAAACACCCAUAAUACUUGGAUUGCUCCUUAUCAACUCCGACAAAGGCUCCGCCCCCAACAAGUAGAGCAGGGGGGACAGUGAGCAUCCUUGUCUUGUGCCACGUCCCAAAGGGAAUCUGUCAGAAUUCAGACCGUUAGUAGUCACCAUGGCAUUUGGUUGAGAAUAUAGGGACUUAAUCCAUUUAAUAAAGUUUGGGCCCAUAUUGAACUUUUCUAAGACUGAGAACAGAAAGCUCCACUCCAUCCUGUCGAACACCUUCUCAGCAUUCAGUGAAGCCAGCAGGACAGGGGUCUUCUGUGUGUUUACUUGAUCUAUAAUAUCAAAAAGACGGUGAAUGUUAUCAGAAGAGUACCUGUCUCUAAUAAAUCCAGUUUGGUCCGCUUUUAUUAUUUUGGGAAGAAGAGUGUUUAGUCUUUUGGCGAGCAAUUUGGUAAUUCUUUUGUAGUUGAAAUCCAACAAGCUUAUGGGCUGGAAGGACGAGUAGGAUAGAGGGUCCUUGUCUUUUGUGAGCAACACUGUAAUGCGGGCUGUGUACAUAGAGUGUGGGAGAGCUCCGCCGCCUGUAGGACUCGUUCCUUGUUGGUGAAAGUAGGUUGAUUGAUUAAUAGAUUGAUUGAUUGGUCGGUUGAUAGGAUAGGAUAGGCUGCACAUGUGAAAGUUGGUUUGAUGUCUCUAGCUUGAACAGUUCAAGAGUUACAAUUAUUGUUGGUGGGUAUGAUAUGCUAAUUUAUGCACAUUUAAGUAGUUAUAAUUUACAGUGCAUUCGGAAAGUAUUCAGAUCCCUUGACUUUUUCCAUAUUUUGGCUGUCCCUGAGGCAGAGCUUGAACCCAUGGAGGUAGGGGCACACACCUCUCUCAGGCAGAGCGGCGUCGCCGGAGACUGCUGGGGCUCUGUCCCUAUUGCGGCCAGGAGGGGCACCAGCUUCAGCGUUGUCCGGUGCAUUCCAACCUGGAGUCCACUAUGGCAGAGGGUCGGCCCUGUGAUCUUCCAUAUCCCAGGGUAGGCGUGAGUAUUCCAUCAUCAUUGUUUUCCACCAAACCCUUUCUGGUUCCCAUUUCACUGGCUGGCUGGCCCUCAGGUGUUGUCUCUACAGCUCUAGUGGACUCCGGUACCGCGGGGAAUUUCAUCGACCAGGCCCUCGCUUCCUCCCUGAACAUAAAUUCGUACCCGCUCUCCUCUCCUUUUCCGGUCCACUGGAUAAGCAACUAUUGAGAUCCGGCACAAUCACGCACAUCACAGCACCACUCACCCUCACCGUGGGACCCAUGCACCAGGAAAGCCUUCCCUUCCUCAUAAUCACUGCACCCGUGGCUCCAAUGUCAUAACCCCCCCAUCUCCUGGUCGAGGAUGAAAAUCACCACCUGGGGACCAGGAUGCCGGAAGACCUGCUUUCCCGUACCCUGUGGUUCCACAGCGGUUGAGAGUCCUGUAAGUGCCCUCCAGCCCAUCAAUCGGUCCUCCCGUAUCAUUGGCCCCGUGUUUUGGGACGUAGAUGUGGACAUCCGCCAGGCUCUGGAGAGGGAACCUGCUCCUGCUACCUGCCCUCCAGAAUGCAUCUACGUCCCCACGGGGUAAGAGAUCAGCUGUUGACCUGGGCACACACAUGCCUCGCCGCUGGACAGCCCAGGUAUCACCAUCACUAUCCAAUCCCUCUACGAUAAGUACUGGUGGCCCACCUUGGCGCAGGACGUCGCCCACUAUGUCAACUCCUGCUCCAUAUGUGCCCAAACUAAAUCCCCCCAACACGCUCCAGAAGGGAAACUACUUCCCCUUCCCAUGCCUCAGCGGCCUUGGUCCCAUCUGUCCAUAGACUUCGUUACUGAUCUCCCCCCGUCUAAUGGUUUCACCACUGUUAUGGUUGUUGUGGACAGAUUCUCCAAAUCCUGCCAUUUUAUCCCUCUCUCUGAUCUCCCUACCGCUCUCCAGGUCGCUGAGGCACUGUUCCAGCAGGUCUUCCGGCACUAUGGCUUCUAGUGGACAUAGUCUCCGUGGCCCCCAAUUCACGUCGCGGGUAUGGAGAGCCUUCAUGGAGGUGCUGGGGGCCUCAGUCCAAUGGGCAGGUGGUGAGGACUAACCAGGAGCUGGGGAGGUUCCUAAGGAGUCACUGCUAGGACCGACUGGGGGAGUGGGCCCAGUUCCUUCCCUGGGCGGAGUACGCCCAGAACUCACUUCUUCACUCCUCCACCGGGCUGACUCCCUUCCAGUGCAUCCUGGGAUAUCAGCCGGCACUGGCUCCAUGGACUCCGAGCCAGACCGAGGCCCCUACAGUGGACACAGUCUGCUUUCAGAAGGAUCAGGCGGACCCCCACCACAGUGAGGCUCCCGUGUUCCAUCCUGGUGAUCACGUCUGGCUCUCCACCAGGAACCUCCCUCUCCGCCUGCCCUGCCAGAAGCUGAGCCCCCGGUUUGUGGGGCCCUUCAAGGUCCGCCGGAGGGUCAAUGAUGUAACUUACCGUUUACAACUCCCCACCAACUACCGGAUCUCACCCUCUUUUCAUGUUUCCCUCCUCAGGCCGGUGGUUCCUGGUCCCCUGGCUGAUGCCAUCCCCCGUAGACACUCCUCCGCCUCCCCUGGACAUCCAUGGGACCCCUGCCUAUGCCGUCAGGUCCCUACUUGGCUCCCGACGUUGUAGGGGUCGGUUUCAGUACCUGGUGGACUGGGAGGGGUAUGGCCCAGAAGGAGCGCUGUUGGGUUCCGGUGGCCAACAUCCUGGACCCAACAUUGUGUUGACCUGCGUCUGCGUCGUCCUGCGUCUGUAACCGUGCGUCGGGGUGAUGUUCCCCAUCAUUACGCACACCUGGACUUCCUCAUCACCUAGAUUACCUUCCCUUUAUUUAGCCCUCAGUAGCCUCAGUCAUCAGGCAGUAUUGGUAUGUUUUCAUGUUCAGUACACAUCCCCUGUUUUGUUCAUUUACCUUGCAUCAUUGUUAUUAAACUCUCCUUUUGCACAUGAUUCCUGACUCCCUGCGUAUACGUGACACAGCCACUGUGGCAGCCCUAUUUGGGAAAAGACCAAGUCCAUAUUAUGGCAAGAACAGCUCAAAUAAGCAAAGAGAAACGACAGUCCAUCAUUACUUUAAGACAUGAAGGUCAGUCAAAAUGGAACAUUUCAAGAACUUUGAAAGUUUCUUCAAGUGCAGUCGCAAAAACCAUCAAGUGCUAUGAUGAAACUGGCUCUCAUGAGGACCGCCACACGAAUGGAAAACCCAGAGUUACCUCUGCUGCAGAUGGUAAGUUUAUUAGAGUUACCAGCCUCAGAAAUUGCAGCCCAAAUAAAUGCUUCACAGAGUUCAAGUAACAGACACAUCUCAAUAUCAACUGUUCAGAGAAGACUGUGUGAAUCAGGCCUUCAUGGUCGAAUUGCUGCAAAGAAACCACUCCUAAAGGACACCAAUAAGAAGAAGAAACCUGCUUGGGCCAAGACACAUGAGCAAUGGACAUUAGACCAGUGAAAAUGUGUCCUUUGGUCUGGAGUCCAAAAUUGAGAUUUUUGGUUCCAACGCUGUGUCUUUGUGAGAAGCGGUGUGGGUGAACAGAUGAUCUCCGCAUGUGUAGUUUCCCACCUUAAAGCAUGGAGGAGGAGGUAUUAUGGUGUGGGAGAGCUUUGCUGGUGACACUGUCUGUGAUUUAUUUAGAAUUUAAGGCACACUUAACCAGCAUGGCUACUACAGCAUUCUGCAGCGAUACGCCAUCCAAUCUGGUCGGGCUUAGUGGGACUAUCAUUUGUUUUUCAACAGGACAAUGAACCAACACACCUUCAGGGCUAUUUUACCAAGAAGGAGAGUGAUGGAGUGCUGCAUCAGAUGACCUGGCCUCCACAAUCCCCGACCUCAACCCAAUUGAGAUGAUUUGGGAUGAGUCGGACGGCAGGGUGAAGGAAAAGCAGCCAAAAUGUGCUCAGCAUAUGUGGGAACACCUUCAAGACUGUUGGAAAACCAUUCCAGGUGAAGCUGGGUAAGAGAAUGCCAAGAGUGUGCAAAGCUGUCAUCAAGGCAAAGAGUGGCUAUUUGAAGAAUCUCAAAUAUAAAAUAUGUUUGGAUUUGUUUAACACUUUUUUGGUUACUACAUGAUUCCAUAUGUGUUAUUUCAUAGUUUUGAAGUCUUCACUAUUAUUCUACAACGUAGAAAAUAGUACAAAUAAAGAAAACCCCUUGAAUGAGUAGCUGUGUCCAAACUUUUGACUGGUACUGCAGAUACAAUAGUAAAAACGGUUCUACAACUGAACAUCAAGAAUUAACAAAGUGCCUCACAAACAGUGCAAUAAUAUUAAGCUAUAUGUAUUUGUAUUUACAGUAGGCUAUAGCCUACAAAUAGCUAUACCAUGUAGUCGUAUGGUAUGAGGCUGUAAGGCGUACUGCAAGGCUAUAGACCUACUGCAAAUUAUUAUUGUUUGUUCCUUAACUGGCCGAAUGACAGAGCUAUCCUUGAACUAUCCUUCAGCACCACAAGUUGGUUCAACUUCUUUAAUUAACAUCAUUGCGUGAUCCUGGCGCUGUCCUUUCAAUCCUUUCACUUAAAAUUACAUUUAAUCAAGAUCUCUUGCCUACGCCUAUAAUAGUCAUACUCGUCACUUAUUAUUAUUAUUAUUAUUACAAAUAAAAGAUUAUCACUUCUCACAAUGGUGCUCAUUUAGUAAAGUUAGAUCAAAGCUGAAUCAACGUCUGUCAAGAUCACAAUUAUUAAUUAGCAUGUUACAUAGGUGGUCCUCUGUAGCUCAGCUGGUAGAGCACGGCGCUUGUAACACCAAGGUAGUGGGUUUGAUCCCUGGGACCACCCAUACACAAAAAAAAAUGUAUGCACGCAUGACUGUAAGUCGCUUUGGAUAAAAGCGUCUGCUAAAUGGCAUAUUAUAUUAUUUAUUAUUACAUAACAGAGCCAAAUAUAAUACCAUACCAUAAUAGGCCUAUAAUGCGUUACUGCUACACCAAAAACACCUUCUCAUUUCUAAUGAGAUUUUUGGAUGGAUAGCUGAAGCUGAAUAGUAAAACAAAUUAAAAUAAUCUCAUGCGUCAAAUCUCAGAGCGCACCACUAGGCAGGAUAUAUGCUUUCAUUGAAACAAAAUACAAGAAAGGCUAAUACACUGCUCAAAAAAAUAAAGGGAACACUUAAACAACACAAACUGUCCACUUAGGAAGCAACACUGAUUGACAAUAAAUUUCACAUGCUGUUGUGCAAAUGGAAUAGACAACAGGUGGAAAUUAUAGGCAAUUAGCAAGACACCCCCAAUAAAGAAGUGGUUCUGCAGGUGGUGACCACAGACCACUUCUCCGUUCCUAUGCUUCCUGGCUGAUGUUUUGGUCACUUUUGAAUGCUGGCGGUGCUUUCACUCUAGUGGUAGCAUGAGACGGAGUCUACAACCCACACAAGUGGCUCAGGUAGUGCAGCUCAUCCAGGAUGGCACAUAAUAAUAAUAAUAAUAUGCCACUUAGCAGACGCUUUUAUCCAAAGCGACUUACAGUCAUGCGUGCAUACAUUUUUGUGUAUGGGUGGUCCCGGGGAUCAAACCCACUACCCUGGCGUUACAAGCGCCGUGCUCUACCAGCUGAGCUACAGAGGACCACUAAGCUGCGAGCUGUGGCAAGAAGGUUUGCUGUGUCUGUCAACGUAGUGUCCAGAGCAUGGAGGCGCUACCAGGAGACAGGCCAGUACAUCAGGAGACGUGGAGGAGGCCGUAGGAGGGCAACAACCCAGCAGCAGGACCGCUACCUCUGCGUUUGUGCAAGGAGGAGCAGGAGGAGCACUGCCAGAGCCCUGCAAAAUGACCUCCAACAGGCCACAAAUGUGGAUGUGUCUGCUCAAACGGUCAGAAACAGACUCCAUGAGGGUGGUAUGAGGACCCGACGUCCACAGGUGGGGGUUGUGCUUUCAGCCCAACACCGUGCAGGACGUUUGGCAUUUGCCAGAGAACACCAAGAUUGGCAAAUUUGCCACUGGUGCCCUGUGCUCUUCACAGAUGAAAGCAGGUUCACACUGAGCACAUGUGACAGACGUGACAGAGUCUGGAGACGCCGUGGAGAACAUUCUGCUGCCUGCAACAUCCUCCAGCAUGACCGGUUUGGCGGUGGGUCAGUCAUGGUGUGGGGUGGCAUUUCUUUGGGGGGCCGCACAGUCCUCCAUGUGCUCGCCAGAGGUAGCCUGACUGCCAUUAGGUACCGAGAUGAGAUCCUCAGACCCCUUGUGAGACCAUAUGCUGGUGCGGUUGGCCCUGGGUUCCUCCUAAUGCAAGACAAUGCUAGACCUCAUGUGGCUGGAGUGUGUCAGCAGUUCCUGCAAGAGGAAGGCAUGAUACUAUGGACUGGCCCGCCCGUUCCUCCAGACCCAAUGAAUCCAAUUGAGGCACAUCUGGGACAUCAUGUCUCGCCCAUCCACCAAGCCACGUUGCACCACAGACUGUCCAGGAUUGCGGAUGCUUUAGUCCAGGUCUGGGAGGAGAAUCCCUCAGGAGACCAUCAUCGCCACCUCAUCAGGAGCAUGCCCAGGCGUUGUAGGAGGUCAUACAGGCACGGAGGCCACACCACUACUGAGCUCAUUUUGACUUGUUUUAAGGACAUUACAUCAAGUUGGAUCAGCUGUUAGUGGUUUCCACUUUAAUUUGAGGGUGACUCCAAUCAGACCUCCAUGGGUUGAUAUUUGAUGUCCAUUGAUCAUCUUUGUGUGAUUUGUUGUCAGCACAUUCAACUAUGUAAGAAAAAGUAUUUAAUAAGAUUAUUUCAUUCAUUCAGAUCUAGGAUGUGUUGUUUAAGUGUUCCCUUUUUUUUUAACAGUGUAGUUUGUUAACACCAUCUUCUCUAAUCCGCUCAUGAAACAGUAAUUCUAGAAGAUCUAAAUGCAUAUUCCCAUGAAACUGAUUGAGAUCAAUGAAAUGAUUGGCAUGGAGCAACACAUGGAGAUGCAGUUUGAACGUUUCACUGGUUAAACAUAAAGAAUUAUAAUUCACGAUUGACAGUGAUGAUGGCCUAUUUUGAAAUUAGGUAGCCAAUGCCUAACUUGGUGUUUGAGAGGAUUAAACAUUUUUUUUUUUCUUUAGACAAUAGCCUGUGUGUGGGUAUAGACAGACGUUGCAAUUGGAGGAUGCAUUUUUCUAUGAAUAUUCUAUAAUGAUAGGCUAUUAAAUUGGCUACAUCUGUCGGUACAAACUUUGAUUGAGGAAAUGAUGUCAUUUUAAAACAACAUUUGCGCUCCCUCACCCAAAAGAAAUAGCACUACAUCAUUGGUUACAUGGCUUAUUUAUUAUUAUUAUAGUUCAGGGCUCUACACUGACAUUUUUUACAAGGAGUACAUGAUGUGUUCCUAAGUAGAAAUGUAGAAGCACACAAAUAAAUCUGGGAGAACAAUUAAAGUAUUUAAGUGUUUUAAUGAUAUGUAAAGUUUUUAAGAGGGAUCCAUGCCCAAUCAAGCACAAUCAUUAGGUGAGACAAAAAUAUUCAGCUGCCCCUUUAAGGGACGGGCUGUUACCGUGGUAACUUGGGCACUCGCUUGUCUGUGAUGAAAAAAUAUCUUAGACUGCGUAGACUUCCUAGCAGCAGACAUUUGCAUCAAACUCUAAUUAAGAUUGAAAAACAAGACUGGUCUCUUUUAUACUUUUUAAAAGUAUUAAACUUGAGAUUCUAAAGGUCCAAUUGUGACAUCAUCACUCCCAACAUUCUAUUAUAUUUACUGUAAAUCAUGUAACUUGACACAAAUCAGCUACUUUGACCGCUUUCCCAAAUACUUAGACAAAAAGUUAUAGGGUAUGAACUCUUCCUCUAGUUCUCAGCUAUUCAAAUCUGAAGCCGGACCAAAAAUAUAUUACCGAUCCGGUGAUACAGCUGUUUUAGUAACCGCAUUAAUACUUUUUCCAAACAACUGCAUUUUUGACCCAUUUCCCAGCACUUUAGACACAAAGAGGAUAUGACAUCUUGGUCUACUUCUCUGCUAUUCAAGUCUGGUAUCAGAACAGAAUUAUCUGCUACCAAUCAAAAGUUACAGCUGUUUGUCGGAGUGUAGAGUGAUGAAAAGUAGAUAGCUAACAUCAGCUAACAGCUCUCUCAUGUCUCGUCAUUGAGCAGCCAAAAUGGAGCCGUUGCUAUUGAUACCAAUGCAUUUCAAUGGCAAAAAAGUAUCUCCUCACCGUUUACGCUAUCAACUCCAAACCAACAUUUAGAUGUUCAGACUGACCCUACUUAGAUUUCUUGUCAAAUGAUUUUUGAUACUACAUAUACUUUUUGAAAUAUAACCAUUAAAAAUGUGCAUAAAUUAAACAUGAGUUUGAAUGAGAACCAUAGAAAUACAGAGAUAGCUAUUCCAAAUGGUCCUGCUCCUUGUUCAAUUAAGCUACAAGACGAUCUUUAAAACAUUCAGGAUAUCCUAACUUCAAAUAUAUAAAUAUAUAAAUUAGCAUACAUUUGCAUAAAAUAACUCACCAACAGUAACUCUUGAACUGUUCAAGCUAGAGACACCAAACCAACUUCCACAUGUUCAGGCUAUCCUAUCCACUGCCACAAAAAAAUGUUUUUAAAGAGCUGAAGCAAGUCACACAAUUUUUCUUCAAGGACAAUUACCAUCUAGUUAUUGGUUGCAAUCGGCUACUAGGCUAUGCAUAACCAUGUAGGCUACUUACACAGGAUAAUUACAACAGGGGUCGCAUUAGCUUUCAAAAAUAUGCAUUUUCGAAACACAGACCAUCAUAAAAUCUGCGUUUUAAACCAUUUCACCUGUGUUUUAUAUUGAAAGUCAGUGUUUUAUUUGCUUCAAUAGAGUGAUAAGGGGCGUGCAACUAUAGUUUUUCUUCACACAAAGUCUACAGUAAAUCAUUUAAUCAGAUGACUACAGAAUUGCAAUGCUAUUUGGCUAGCAGCCACACAUAAGUACAUUAGCUUACAAUGAAAAAGUAAGGUCUUUCUUGCAAAACGAUGCACGGCCAUCAUAUUUCUAAUGUUUAUGAUAUAAAUAAUGUUUUGCUUGAAGUUAAUCUUGCAUUUUAACCGGCUACUGGAGAAGAACUACACCUGAGGAAAGUACCAGACAAAAGUAGCCUACACAUCAGUCAGAGCGCUGUCUGGUGAUCCAAUGAUGAGAGCAAAGAUAUUUCAUCCAAGUAGAGAAGUGCAACUGAACAGCCUAAUCUUAUAGACUAGAUGUAACAUAGUAAACGUACAUCUGGAACACUCCAAUUAGUAUGAUAUGUUACGUUUUGGUAUGGUUACAUAAGACAGAAGGUUAUUUAAGGCAAAAACGAAAGUAGGGUGGUUGGUCGGGCGUAUCACUCGAACGUCUACCAACCCAACUUUAGCAUUUUAGCUAAUUAGCAACUACGUAGCAUGUUAGCAAACCCUUUAACCUAACUCCUAACCCUAACCUUAACCCUAACCCUAAACCCUAGCCUAGCUAACAUUAGCCACCUAGCUAACGAUAGCAACAACAAAUUGGAAUUGGUAACAUAUUAUACGUUUUUCAAAUUCAUAACAUAUUGUAGGAAUUGCAUUCGUAACAUAUUGUACGAAUUGCAAUUCGUAACAUAUCAUACCAAUUGCAAUUUAGAACAUAUUAUAUGAAUUGUAAUUCGUAACAUAUACUAAGAAAUAGAUGACGGACAUCCACAAAUUAAUACAUACCAUACGAAAUGUAACAUAUCAUACUAAUUGGAGUCCCAGAUUUGUGUUUACUAUGUUACGCCUGCCCCCAAGUCCAGGUUUAACUGAAGCACAAAAUGAGCCCUUUUACAUUCAUGAUUUGGAGCGAACCCUAAGCCAAGCAAAAUGUACAAUAAGAAGCAUUUUAGAUCUGCGUUUACAAAACAUAUCUUUUCUGCAUUUUAACUUUCCUUUUCUGCGUGAAAAAUGCAGAAUCCUGCGUUAACGUGACCCCUUUUAAAGGGAGAGGUGUCAUGCAUUUUAUAGUAUUGUUCUCAAUAGCCUAGUGUUGUUGUGUUUUGUUGCAUCUAUAACUGUACUGUAUGUUGAGUGUCUUGUGCUAUCUAUAACUUUGUUCCUAUGUCUUUUGUAUUGCUAUCUAUAACAUGUAUCUUGUGUGUGUUGUUCUUUUUCUAACUUUGUGUGUUUUGUGCAGUAUGUGGGCAGUCUGGACGUUCCCAGGCCCAACAGUCGUAUGGAGAUCGUAGCAGCUAUGAGAAGGAUCAGGGUAAGACCUCAUACACAUCAUGACAAAACGGUUGGACGCUAAAUCUGGCGAGACCUAGGACUAGGGCUGUUACGGUGACCAUAUUACCGCCACACCGGCGGUCACGAGUCAUGACCGCAGUCAAAUUCCAUGUGACCGUUUGUCAUGGUAACUAGGCUUCUCCAAGCUAUGAUGCUGCUGAUGGUCAUUAGUAGCCUACCAAACGUGCUAACUGCCUGGUACUCAGCAAUCUAUUGUCCCUCUAAUCACUCUGACAUCAAUGCACAUUUUUUCGAAAAUCUAAUAAAACACUUCAUGAGAGCCCAUGAGCUCAUGUUGCGCAACAUUUCUAUAGGCUAUGCAAUUGCGUGAAAAAACAGAAUUUUGAUGGCCACUAUUAAAAAGAGGAUCCCAUCAGCUUUCUAUAGGCUAGGCCUACUAUAUUUAUUUAUCCAUCAACUUUCCUAAUUUUAAGCACAUUGCUUCACUUUACAACAGGAGUAUAGCCUACCUGGCUGGCAUGAAAAUGAACCAAGGGAAAAGUGUCCUCCAUUCGCUAUUUAAGUGCAUAGACAUUUACAUUACAUUUUAGUCAUUUAGCAGACACUCUUAUCCAAAGCGACUUACAGUUAGUGAGUGCAUACAUUUCCAUACUGGCCCCCCGUGGGAAACGAACCCACAACCCUGGCGUUGCAAGCGCCAUGCUCUACCAACUGAGCUACAGGGGACCCACAUGUAUUUUUCCCCCCAUGCCCCUGUUCCUAGGUGCAUGAUAAUAGUCCAUUCUAAACCAAAACUAAUUUCACACAUAUAUUAUUUAAUAUAUGUAAAGACUACAUUAAAUUAAGAAUAGUCUGAUGGGUGACAAUAUUAGCCUAUCACUUGUGAAUUAUGUAUUAUCACUUGUGAAUGAUGUAUUAUCACUUGUGAAUGAUAUAUUAUCCCUUGUGAAUGAUGCCCAGCUUAAGGCAAGAAACUACUUUUUCAAAUCAUAGUCGCACACCUCAUGUAACCUAGCCCAUAGGCCUAUAUGUUUUGAUAAGGUUUGUAUCACAACUAAAGUGGCCAAAUAACUUCUUAAAAUGAAGCACAUUAAUCCGCUUUACAAGGGGUUUAGAGCCUAACUGGCAUACAUAAGCAGCGCGUUAGUUUCAAGUUUGGGGAAGAUAAUUUUCACCAUAAAAAUGCACCUUUAUAAUAAAAGCAUUACAUGUAUAAUCGCAUUUGCAGUCACUUUUGAGAACAAUUGAUUGCAUUUUGCAACAUUCGCGCUUAUAGCCUACUGCUGUGUGCACAUUGCUGCGCUUAUAAUGUGAAUAAAUAGCUUAAUAGUUUAUUAACAUUUUAAGCUAAACGUUCUGAUCUGUUGCAUCAGCCUCAUUGCUUUUAAACGUUUUUUUGAUGCAAGUGGUUGUAUAAAUGUGGGAUCUACCGCAUCCCACAACUGUACCAGCGUAUGUUCUGAAUAUGUACAGUGCAUUCGGAAAGUAUUCAGACCGUUUGACUUUUUCCACAUUUUGUUACGUUACAGCCUUAUUCUAAAAUGGAUUACUUGUCUAAAUAAGGUCCCACAGUUGACAGUGCAUGUCAGAGCAAAAACCAAAUCUGGGGAAGGGUACCAAAACAUUUCUGCAGCAUUGAAGGUCCCCAAGAACACAGUGGCCUCCAUCAUUCUUAAAUGGAAGAAGUUUGGAACCACCAAGACUCUUCCUAGAGCUGGCCGCCCAGCCAAACUCGGGCGGAGAAGGGCCUUGGUCAGGGAGGUGACCAAGAACCCGAUGGCCUCCUGUAGCUCAGUUGGUAGAGCAUGGCGCUUGCAACGCCAGGGUUGUGGGUUCGAUUCCCACGGGGGUCCAGUAUGAAAGAUGUAUGCACUCACUAACUGUAAGUUGCUCUGGAUAAGAGCGUCUGCUAAACGACUAAAAUGUAAAUGUAAUAUGUUUAACAGAGUUCCAGAGUUCCUCUGUGGAGAGGGGAGAACCUUCCAGAAGGACAGCCAUCUCUGCAGCACUCCACCAAUCAGGCCUUUAUGGUAGUGGCCAAACGGAAGCCACUCAUCAGUAAAAGGCACAUGACAGCCCGCUUGGAGUUUGCCUAAAGGACUCUCAGACCAUGAAAAACAAGAUUCUCUGGUCUGAUGAAACCAAGAUUCAACUCUCUGGCCUGAAUGCCAAGCGUCAGGUCUGGAGGAAACCUGGCACCAUCCCUACGGUGAAGCAUGGUGGUGGCAGCAUCAUGCUGUGGGGAUGUUUUUCAGUGGCAGGGACUGGGAGACUAGUCAGGAUUGAGGGAAAGAUGAACGGAGCAAAGUACAGAGAGAUCCUUGAUGAAAACCUGCUCCAGAGCUCUCAGUACCUCAGACUGGAGGCGAAGGUUUACUUUCGAACAGGACAACAACCCUAAGCACACAGCCAAGACAACGCAGGAGUGGCUUCGGGACAAGUCUCUGAAUGUCCUUGAGUGGCCCAGCCAAAGCCCGGACGUGAACCUGAUCGAACAUCUCUGGAGAGACCUGAAAAUAGCUGUGCAGCAACGCUCCCAUCCAACCUGACAGAGCUUGAGAGGAUCUGCAGAGAAGAAUGGGAGAAACUCCCCAAAUACAGGUGUGCCAAGCUUGUAGAGUCAUACCCAAGAAGACUCAAGGCUGUAAUCGCUGACAAAGGUGCUUCAACAAAGUACUGACUAAAGGGUCUGAAUACUUAUGUAAAUGUCAUAUUUUUUAAAUAUAUUUUUUUAUACAUUUGUAAACAUUUCUAAAAACCUGUUUUCGCUUUGUCAUUAUGGGGUAUAGUGUGCGUAGAUUGAUGAGGGGGAAAAAAACGAUGUGAUCAAUUUUAAAAUAAAGCUGUAACGUAACAAAAUGUGGAAAAAGUCAAGGGGUCUGGAUACUUUCCUAAUGCACUGUAUUUCUUGCACAGAAGGACAAGUUGACCAAUUGAAUAGGUCAACUUUUGUACCAUGGGGGAUAGUAGAUUGACAUAGGUUAAUGCUUUUGCUGUUCGUUAAGCCUACUCAUCUUGUUGGCUGACGAAAAGCUGGCUAAACGUGUUAGGCCUACUCAUCUUGUUGGCUGACGAAAAGCUGGCUAAACGUGGACAGUUUUUCUGACAUCUUCAAUAUGCGCCUCAGAAUUCAAUGUGAGGGACGCGCAAAGUUGCAUUCCCGAUGUGUCUGUCUUCACUUGUAGCCUAUUUCUUAGCUGUGAGAAGGACCUGAUCAUGUGACAGGUAUUGGCUAAUAAGAAUUGAGAUAUCUGAGAGAGCCAUGUGAGUGAGAGAUGCGUCAGAGCACGGCAGCCAGGGGGGAAGGGAAUUAUAAUGAUUAUAUUCAGCCCAAGGGCACAACGGCCACUUUGGCCGCAAAAGGCAUGGAUAUUUUACGGGGCAUUACGGCCACACAAGGGGGAUGCCGCCAGAAAAUGUGAGGCCUGGUGAGAAUAUUAUCAAGAGAGACUGAUGAAGUGUGUGCAGCCUGCACAAGAAACAAAUCAGAGCUCUUGCCUUUCAUGCAACUUUUUUCAAAUCAUUAUUAGAGUUGCAUCAUGCAGCCUUAGAAUGUAUUAAAAAUCAAAAAACAUAUAGCCCAACGUUUGUAUCACAUUAUUUAUUUAUUUACAACUAAAGUUGCAUGAAUAACUCUAAAUUAAGCAUAUAGGAGGACCUGUUUCUUUGUUAACCGCUCAACAGAGAAUAGCCGCAUGGGCGCACUUCCCUGGAAAUCGUUUGGAGAAAAUAUCCUUUCUAUUUUAUUCAGCUUUGUUCAAUUGUAUUCUUCAUACUAUAAAAUACUAUAAAACAAUGCCACGGAAUUCUAAGCAAAUCUUGUCUGCUGAAUGAACUAGUGUAGCCCACAGCCAUGGCAAGCCAUAUAAGGGCCUAACAAAAGGAGUAUGCUAUUCUGUUCUUCUGAAAUAGACUACAUUUUCUUAAUAUCAUGUUUCCUAAGACCUGUCUUAAAUAAAUAAUGGAUUUAUUGUGAUGUGUAGGCUAUAUUAAAUUGAUUUAUUCAACUGUACGCUAUGCUUGGAAGCCAGGAGAUGCUAAAUGUGUUUAUGUUAAUUAACGGUCAGUUACCGUGAGACUGGCAGUUAUUUGCUUGGCAAUCACCGGCUGACAACAUUUCAUGACUGCCACAGCCCUACCUAGGACCAUAAAAAAACGGCUAGCUGGAGCUCGUCUGAACAAUUGGCUGGAUAUGCCCUCACACGCUAUAUACUUAAUGCUGAUUGGUUCUGCUACUGUCCACUAUUGUGCUGUCCGGUUAGAACAUAAUGUUGAGGCCCAUUACUGUAACUUGGUCACCACCACACACGCGCGGACAGCACAUUUGAAGAUGUUUUAUCUGAUUGUGGUUCUAAAAUGGAAACAGAUACAAUCAUGAGGAUCCAUUUCUAAGAAACUAAGACAUUAAUAUACAGCAUGCAAUAAUAAUAAUAAUAAUAAUAAUAAUAAUAAUAGAGAUGUGUGAACAUGGUAUAUUUACAUGCUAAAGUGUGCAAUAAUAUUACACAGAGUACAGGCACAUCUACACAUACUGACACAUGAUAUUUACAGUGCCUUUUCCACAUUUUGAUGUUGUGUUACAGCCUGAAUUUAAAAUGGAUUAAAUUGAGAUGUUGUGUCACUGGCCUUCACACAAUACACCAUCAUGUCAAAGUGGAAUGAUGUUUUUACACAUUUUUACAAAUUAAUAUGUGUAAAAACAUCGUUCCACUUUGACAUGAUGGUGUAUUGUGUGAAGGCCAGUGACACAACAUCUCAAUUUAAUCCAUUUUAAAUUCAGGCUGUAAGACAACAUCAAAAUGUGGAGCUGAAAAGCUGAAAUGUCUUGAGUCAGUUGUAAUCAAUAAUGAGGAGAGACUAGGUCAAUCACCAAUCAGAAUAUUAACUUUAUUAAAAACGUAUCGAUAAGGGAGCUGGUCACAAUACCCACACAGAAGUGAAUAGAGUGAGAGCCCACUGAGUGGAGUGAGCCUCCGGGUUAUAUACCAUCUCAGGAUAGGUGCAACCUCAGAGAUAACAUACAAUGGUUCCAGACACUAACCCCACACUUCCUGUGCCAGACCGUAGCCCCAAAUACAAAGAACUCAUUGUUUUGUUCAGUACUAAGAAUUUAGAAGGACAUUUGUUGUUACUUAGUUUCCACCUUGCUAGUAAGGUAACCAGGGGAGAGAGCUAUCUCCCAAGGCCAAAGGAGGGGGUGACUGACACACACACAUUUUGGAGACAUGUGAUUUAUUCCCAUUCCUCAUGCCAUCCCUUCACAUGGUUUGAAAUAGGAAAGAUGCACCUUUCAGCAGGACAAUAACCUAAAACACAAGGCCAAAUAUACACUGGAGUUGCUAACAAAGACAACAUUGAAUGUUCUUGAGUGGCCUAGUUGCAGUUUUGACUUAAAAUCGGCUUGAAAAUCUAUGGCAAGACUUGAAAAUGGCUGUAUAGCUAUGAUCAACAACCAAUUUGACAGAGAGGAUUUUUUUAAAGAAUACUGUGCAAAUAUUGUGCAAUCCAGGUGUGCAAAGCUCUUAGAGACUCACCCAGAAAGACUCACAACUGCCAAAAGUGAUUCUAACAUGUAUUGACUCAGGGGUGUGAAUACUUAUGUAAAUGAGAUAUUUCUGUAUUUAAAUUUCAAUACCUUUGCUAACAUUUCUAAAAACCUGAUUUCACUUUAUCAUUAUGGGGUAUUGUGUGUAGAUGGGUGAGAAUUUUUAUUUAUUUAAUCCAUUUUUAAUUUAGGCUGUAAGACAACAAAAUGUGGAAUAAGUCAAGGGGUAUGAGUACUGUACUUUCAGAAGGCACUGUACAUACUGCCAAAUAAAGAGAGAAAGUAGCAGGCACCGGGUUUUAUAUUAUAUUUAUUUUUAUAGCCUUUUCUCUGGCCUGGCGAGGGCUUGAGCUUAUCUAAGGACUGGCAACGGCGCAUGCGCUGGGACUUAAAGAGCUAGAUGGCACUGUAAACAUCUAGAAACUGUACAAUGGCGCCAGCAACCACACCUAUAUUUGAGGCUGUAUAUCUUGCAGUGGUAGCAUGCAAGUAAAUACACAUCGCUAGUACACAAAAUGGUUGUUGCGCUCAGCACCAUUACUAAUUAACAUGCAAUGGGUACAUGCACAAACAAUUCUAGCGUUAGCUGGACGCUAGCAAACAACACUGCAAACGUACAUCUACAAACAUAUCUUACAAACUUAGCACAGGGUAGGUGUAACACUAUCAAUCAUUAACUCCGAUAUCCCCCAGAUAAUAGGGCCGCAGGGAGCCUAGCGGUUAAGAGCGUUGGGCCAGUAACCGGAAGGUCGCAGGUGAAAAAUCUGUCGACGUUCCCUUGAGCAUGGCACUUAACCCUAGUCGCUCUGGAUAAGAGUGUCUGCUAAAUGACUAAAAAUGUUAUAUCCCCAAACUUGCAUUACAAUGGACUCACAACACUUCAUAGAAAGGCAGAAUUUGAAAAGUCAGUCAGCGUCAAACACUUUCUCAAGACAGCAAAACACGCUCUAACGUAAGGUGUGUGAGGGCAGAGCCCUGGAGUGUAUCCAAGCGCCCUGAUUAGUUGGGAUGAUUGAUAGGUUUGAAGGCCAGUCAUUUUGAGAGGGACGGCAUUUUUUUUUUACACAUCAUAAACAUGGGUCCCGUGCAGAGUAUGUGAGUGGAGUCAGAGAGGAAGAGAGAGGCCCAACUUGCCGGAAAAUCUGUCUCCCUCUGGCAGGUGGUGUACUUUCAUUGUUUCGCACACCAAGCAAGGAGUUUUUGUAUGGAGGUCAAUGAGAGAGUGUUGAAUUUGGUCAACAAAAAAAUAAAUAAAAGCUGAAAGAAAUCAUUCUCUCUACUAUUAUUCUGACAUUUCACAUUCUUAAAAUAAAGUGGUGAUCCUAACUGACCUAAGACAGGAACAUUUUACUAGGAUUAAAUGUCAGGAAUUGGGAAAAACUGAGUUUAAAUGUAUUUGGCUAAGGUGUAUGUAAACUUCCGACUUCAACUGUACCUUUUAAAAAAGUAGGGGCGUGGAUCAGAAAACCAGUCAGUAUCAGUGACCACCAUUUGCCUCAUGCAGCGCGACACAUCUCCUUCGAAUAGAGUUAUCAAGCUUUGAGAUUCUUCAAAGUAGCCACCCUUUGCCUUGAUGACAGCUUUGCAUACUCUUGGCAAUCUCUCAACCAGCUUCAUGAGGUAGUCACCUGGAAUGCAUUUCAAUUAACAGGUGUGCCUUGUUAAAAGUUAAUUUGUGGACUUUCUUUCCUUCUUAAUGCGUUUGAGGAAAUCAGUUGUGUUGUGACAAGGUAGGGGUGGUAUACAGAAGAUAGUGCUAUUUGGUAAAAGACCAAGUCCAUAUUAUGGCAAGAACAGCUCAAAUAAGCAAAGAGAAACGAUAGUCUGUCAUUACUUUAAGACAUGCAGGUCAGUCAAUCCGGAAAAUGUCAAGAACUUUGAACGUUUCUUCAAGUGCAGUCGUAAAAACCAUCAAGCGCUAUGAUGAAACUGGCUCUUAUGAGGACCACCACAGGAAAGGAAGACCCAGAGUUACUUCUGCUGCAGAGGAUAAGUUCAUUAGAGUUACCAACCUCAGAAAUUGCAGCCCCAAAAAAUGCUUCACAGAGUUCAAGUAACAGACACAUCUCAAUAUCAACUAUUCAGAGAAGACUGUGUGAAUCAGGCCUUCAUGGUUGAAUUGCUGCAAAGAAACCACUACUAAAGGACACCAAUAAGAAGAAGAGACUUGCUUGGGCCAAGAAACAUGAGCAAUGGACAUUAGACCGGUGGAAAUCUGUCCUUUGGUCUGAUGAGUACAAAUUUGAGAUUUUUUGUUCCAACCGCUGUGUCUUUGUGGUGCAGAGUAGGUGAACGGAUGAUUUCUGCACGUGUGGUUCCCACCGUGAAGCAUGGAGGAGGUGGUGUGAAGGUGUGGGGGUGCUUUGCUGGUGGCACUGUCAGUGAUGUAUUUAGAUUCAAGGCACACAUAACCAGCUUGGCUACCACAGCAUUCUGCAGUGGUAUGCCAUCCCAUCUGGCUUGCGCUUAGUGGGACUAUCAUUUAUUUUUCAACAGGACAAUGACCCAACACACCUCCUGGCUGUGUAAGGGCUAUUUGACCAAGAAGGAGAUUGAUGGAGUGCUGCAUCAGAUGACCUGGCCUCCACAAUCAACUGACCUCAACCCAAUUGAUAUGGUUUGGGAUGAGUUGGACAGCAGAGUGAAGGAAAAGCAGCGUGGGAACUUCUUCAAGACUGUUGGAAAAGCAUUCCCGGUGAAGCUGGUUGAGAGAAUGCCAAGAGUGUGCAAAGCUGUCAUCAAGGCAAAGGGUGGCUACUUUGAAGAAUCUAAAAUAUAUUUUUUGGUAACUACAUGAUUCCAUAUGUGUUAUUUAAUAGUGUUGAUGUCUUCACUAUUAUUCUACAAUGUAGAAAAUAGUAAAACAUUUAAGAAAAACCCUUGAAUGAGUAGGUGUGUCCAAACUUUUGACUGGUACUGCAGAUGUGGACAUGCGCCAGGCUCUGGAGAGGGAACCCGCUCCUGCUACCUGCCCCCCAGAACGCAUCUACCUCCCCACGGGGGUAAGAGAUCGGCUGUUGAUCUGGGCACACACAUCUCUUGCCGCUGGCGCCGAAGAAGAUGGCGGCCUCGCGACCAGCUCUUAGGAAACAUUGCGGUAUUUUGUUUUUUUUAUGUAUUAUUUUGUAUAUUAUUGGCUCAAAUGUUUUCUAUCAUUACAUACAGCCGGGAAAAACUGUUGGAUAUCAGAGUGGCGGUAACUCACCAGCAUUACGACCUGGAAUACGAUUUUUGCGAAGCAGAUUCUUUGUUUGCUCUCUCCAGGGCAAUUGAACUGAUUCCAGCGACUGACCCAAAACAUCGCCAGCGGAGGAGAGGCACUCGGAGCGGCCUGCUGGUUCGACUUAGGAGGCGCGCACACCACCCACCGCUUUCAAGUAUAUUACUCGCUAAUGUUCAGUCUGUGGAUAACAAGAUUAACGAGCUCAGGUUUUCUUUCUAGAGAGACAUCAGGGCCUGUAACAUACUUUAUUUCAUGGAAACAUGGCUCUCUCCGGAUAUUCUGUCGAAAUCGGUCCAGCCAGAUGGGUUCUCCGUUCAUCGCGCAGACAGAAAUAAAUAUCUCUCCGGGAAGCAGAGGGGCGGAGAUGUGUGUUUCAUGAUUAACGACUCAUGGUGUAAUUGUAGUAACAUACAGGAACUCAAGUCCUUUUGUUCACCCGACCUAUAAUACAGUGGGGAAAAAAAGUAUUUAGUCAGCCACCAACUGUGCAAGUUCUCCCACUUAAAAAGAUGAGAGAGGCCUGUAAUUUUCAUCAUAGGUACACGUCAACUAUAACAGACAAAAUGAGAAAAAAAAUCCAGAAAAUCACAUUGUAGGAUUUGUAAUGAAUUUAUUUGCAAAUUAUGGUGGAAAAUAAGUAUUUGGUCAAUAACAAAAGUUUCUCAAUACUUUGUUAUAUACCCUUUGUUGGCAAUGACACAGGUCAAACGUUUUCUGUAAGUCUUCACAAGGUUUCCACACACUGUUGCUGGUAUUUUGGCCGAUUCCUCCAUGCAGAUCUCCUCUAGAGCAGUGAUGUUUUGGGGCUGUCGCUGGGCAACACAGACUUUCAACUCCCUCCAAAGAUUUUCUAUGGGGUUGAGAUCUGGAGACUGGCUAGGCCACUCCAGGACCUUGAAAUGCUUCUUACGAAGCCACUCCUUCGUUGCCCGGGCGGUGUGUUUGGGAUCAUUGUCAUGCUGAAAGACCCAGCCACGUUUCAUCUUCAAUGCCCUUGCUGAUGGAAGGAGGUUUCACUCAAAAUCUCACGAUACAUGGCCCCAUUCAUUCUUUCCUUUACACGGAUCAGUCGUCCUGGUCCCUUUGCAGAAAAACAGCCCCAAAGCAUGAUGUUUCCACCCCCAUGCUUCACAGUAGGUAUGGUGUUCUUUGGAUGCAACUCAGCAUUCUUUGUCCUCCAAACACGACGAGUUGAGUUUUUACCAAAAAGUUAUAUUUUGGUUUCAUCUGACCAUAUGACAUUCUCCCAAUCCUCUUCUGGAUCAUCCAAAUGCACUCUAGCAAACUUCAGACGGGCCUGGACAUGUACUGGCUUAAGCAGGGGGACACGUCUUGCACUGCAGGAUUUGAGUCCCUGGCGGCAUAGUGUGUUACUGAUGGUAGGCUUUGUUACUUUGGUCCCAGCUUUCUGCAGGUCAUUCACUAGGUCCCCCCAUGUGGUUCUGGGAUAUUUGCUCACCGUUCUUGUGAUCAUUUUGACCCCACGUGGUGAGAUCUUGCGUGGAGCCCCAGAUCGAGGGAGAUUAUCAGUGGUCUUGUAUGUCUUCCAUUUCCUAAUAAUUGCUCCCACAGAGGAUUUCUUCAAACCAAGCUGCUUACCUAUUGCAGACUCAGUCUUCCCAGCCUGGUGCAGGUCUACAAUUUUGUUUCUGGUGUCCUUUGACAGCUCUUUGGCCUUGGCCAUAGUGGAGUUUGGAGUGUGACUGUUUGAGGUUGUAGACAGGUGUCUUUUAUACUGAUAACAAGUUCAAACAGGUGCCAUUAAUACAGGUAACGAGUGGAGGACAGAGGAGCCUCUUAAAGAAGAAGUUACAGGUCUGUGAGAGCCAGAAAUCUUGCUUGUUUGUAGGUGACCAAAUACUUAUUUUCCACCAUAAUUUGCAAAUAAAUUCAUUACAAAUCCUACAAUGUGAUUUUCUGGAAAAAAAAUUCUCUCAAUUUGUCUGUCAUAGUUGACGUGUACCUAUGAUGAAAAUUACAGGCCUCUCUCAUCUUUUUAAGUGGGAGAACUUGCACAAUUGGUGGCUGACUAAAUACUUUUUUUCCCCACUGUACCUCACAAUCAAAUGCCGACCGUAUUAUCUCCCAAGAGAAUUUUCUUUGGUUAUAGUCACGGCCGUUUAUAUCCCCCCUCAAGCCGAUACCACGACGGCCCUCAAAGAACUUCACUGGACUUUAUACAAACUGGAAACCACAUAUCCUGAGGCUGCAUUUAUUGUAGCCGGGGAUUUUAACAAAGCGAAUUUGAGGACUAGGGUGCCGAAGUUCUAUCAACAUAUCGACUGUUGUACAUGGGCUGCUAAAAUUCUCGACCACUGCUAUUCCAACUUCCGGGAUGGUUAUAAGGCAAAGGUACACUUCAACUGUGAGAGACGGAAUCUAAAACAAAAAUCCAGAAAAUCACAUUGUAUGAUUUUUAAGUAAUUAAUUAGCAUUUUAUUGCAUGACAUAAGUAUUUGAUCACCUACCAACCAGUAAGAAUUCCGGCUCUCACAGACCUGUUAGUUUUUCUUUAAGAAGCCCUCCUGUUCUCCACUCAUUACCUGUAUUAACUGCACCUGUUUGAACUCAUUACCUGUAUAAAAGACACCUGUCCACACACUCAAUCAAACAGACUCCAACCUCUCCACAAUGGCCAAGACCAGAGAGCUGUGUAAGGACAUCAGGGAUAAAAUUGUAGACCUGCACAAGGCUGGGAUGGGCUACAGGACAAUAGGCAAGCAGCUUGGUGAGAAGGCAACAACUGUUGGCGCAAUUAUUAGAAAAUGGAAGAAGUUCAAGAUGACGGUCAAUCACCCUCGGUCUGGGGCUCCAUGCAAGAUCUCACCUCGUGGGACAUCAAUGAUCAUGAGGAAGGUGAGGGAUCAGCCCAGAACUACAUGGCAGGACCUGGUCAAUGACCUGAAGAGAGCUGGGACCACAGUCUCAAAGAAAACCAUUAGUAACACACUACGCCGUCAUGGAUUAAAAUCCUGCAGCGCAUGCAAGGUCCCCCUGCUCAAGCCAGUGCAUGUCCAGGCCCGUCUGAAGUUUGCCAAUGACCAUCUGGAUGAUCCAGAGGAGGAAUGGGAGAAGGUCAUGUGGUCUGAUGAGACAAAAAUAGAGCUUUUUGGUCUAAACUCCACUCGCCGUGUUUGGAGGAAGAAGAAGGAUGAGCACAAUCCCAAGAACACCAUCCUAACCGUGAAGCAUGGAGGUGGAAACAUCAUUCUUUUGAGAUGCUUUUCUGCAAAGGGGACAUGACGACUGCACCAUAUUGAGGGGAGGAUGGAUGGGGCCAUGUAUCGCGAGAUCUUGGCCAACAACCUCCUUCCCUCAGUAAGAGCAUUGAAGAUGGGUCGUGGCUGGGUUUUCCAGCAUGACAACGACUCGAAACACACAGCCAGGGCAACUAAGGAGUGGCUCCGUAAGAAGCAUCUCAAGGUCCUGGAGUGGCCUAGAAAAUCUUUGGAGGGAGCUGAAAGUCCGUAUUGCCCAGCGACAGCCCCGAAACCUGAAGGAUCUGGAGAAGGUCUGUAUGGAGGAGUGGGCCAAAAUUCCUGCUGCAGUGUGUGCAAACCUGGUCAACACCAACAGGAAACAUAUGAUCUCUGUAAUUGCAAACAAAGGUUUCUGUACCAAAUAUUAAGUUCUGCUUUUCUGAUGUAUCAAAUACUUAUGUCAUGCAAUAAAAUGCACAUUAAUUACUUAAAAAUCAUACAAUGUGAUUUUCUGGAUUUUUGUUUUAGAUUCCGUCUCUCACAGUUGAAGUGUACCUAUGAUAAAAAUGACAGACCUCUACAUGCUUUCUAAGUAGGAAAACCUGCAAAAUCGGCAGUGUAUCAAAUACUUGUUCUCCCCACUGUAUGUGGCAGGGUCUACAGACAAUCACGGACUACAAAAGGAAAACCAGCCACGUCGCCGAGAGCCACGUCUACCAAGGACUGUGGGCUCUCGUUCUCCUUGGCCGACAUGAGUAAGACAUUUAAGCAUGUUAACCCCUGUAAGGCUGCCGGCCCAGACGGCAUUCCUAGCCGCGUCCUCAGAGCAUGCGCAGACCAGCUGGCUGGUGUGUUUAUGGACAUAUUCAAUCUCUCCCUCUCCCUAUCCCAGUCUGCUGUCCCUACAUGCUUCAAGAUGGCCACCAUUGUUCCUGUACCCAAGAAAGCAAAGGUAACUGAACUAAAUGACUAUCGCCCCGUAGCACUCACCUCUGUCAUCAUGAAGUGCUUUGAGAGACUAGUCAAGGGUCAUAUCACCUCUACCUUACCUGUCACGCUAGACCCACUUCAAUUUGCUUACCGUCCAAAUAGAUCCACAGACGAUGCAAUCGCCAUCACACUGCACACUGCCCUAUCCCAUCUGGACAAGAGGAAUACCUAUGUAAGAAUGCUGUUCAUUGACUAUAGCUCAGCAUUCAACACCAUAGUACCCUCCAAGCUCAUCAUAAAGCUUGAGGCCCUGGAUUUGAAUCCCGCCCUGUGCAACUGGGUCUUGGACUACCUGACGGACGCCCCCAGGUGGUGAAGGUAGGAAACAACAUCUCCACUUCGCUGAUCCUCAACACUGGGGCCCCUCAAGGGUGCAUGCUCAGCCCCCUCUUGUACUCCCAGUACGCCUCCAACUCAAUCAUCAAGUUUGCAGACAACACAACAGUAGUAGGCUUGAUUACCAACAAUGACGAGACAGCCUACAGGGAGGAGGUGAGGGCUCUGGGAGUGUGGUGCCAGGAAAAUAACCUCUCACUCAACGUCAACAAAACAAAGGAGAUGAUCGUGGACUUCAGGAAACAGCAGAGGGUGCACCCCCCUAUCCACAUCGACGGGACCGCAGGGGAGAAGGUGGAAAGCUUCAAGUUGCUUGGCGUACACAUCACUGACAAACUGAAAUGGUCCACCCACGCGGACAGUGUGCUGAAGAAGGCGUAACAGAGCCUCUUCAACCUCAGGAGGUUGAAGAAAUUUGGCUUGGCACCUAAAAUCCUCACAAACUUUUACAGAUGCACAAUUGAGAGCAUCCUGUCAAGCUGUAUCACCGCCUGGUACGGCAACUGCACCGCCCGCAACCGCAGGGCUCUCCAGAGGGUGGUGCGGUCUGCCCAACGCAUCACCGGGGGCAAACUACCCGCCCUCCAGGACACCUACAGCACCCGAUGUCACAGUAAGGCCAAAAAGAUCAUCAAGGACAUCAACCACCCGAGCCACUGCCUGUUCACCCCGCUAUCAUCCAGAAGGUGAGGUCAGUACAGGUGCAUCAAAGCUGGGACCGAGAGACUGAAAAACAGCUUCUAUCUCAAGGCCAACAGACUGUUAAAUAGCCAUCAUUAGCACAUUUGAGGCUGCUGCCUAUAGACAUAGACUAGAAAUCACUGGCCACUUUAAGAAAUGGAACACUAGUCACUUUAAUAAUGUUUACAUAUCUUGCAUUACUCAUCUCAUAUGUAUAUACUGUAUUCUAUAAUAUUAUACUGUAUCUUAGUCCAUGCCGCUCUUUCAUUACUCGUCCAUAUAUGUAUAUAUUCUUAAUUCCAUUCCUUACUUAGAUUUGUGUGUAUUGGGUAUAUGUUGUGAAAUUGUUAGAUAUUACAUGUUAGAUAUUACUGCACUGUCGGAGCUAGAAGCACAAGCAUUUCGCUACACCCGCAAUAACAUCUGCUAAACACGUGUAUGUGACAAAUACAAUUUGAAUUGAAUUGGACACCCAGGUAUCACCUGCACUAUCCAAUCCAUCUCUGAUAAGUACUGGUGGCCCACCUUGGCGCAGGAUGUCACCCUAUGUCAACUCCUGCUCCAUACAGUGCAUUCGGAAAGUAUUCAUACCCCUUGACUUUUUCCACAUUUUGUUACGUUACAGCCUUAUUCUAAAAUGGAUUAAAUAAAAAAUGUUCCUCUUCAAUCUACACACAAUGCCCCGUAAUGAAAAAGCAAAAAUAGGUUUUUAGAUUUUUUUCACAUUGAUUACAAAUAAAAAACAGAAAUACCUUAUUUACAUAACUAUUCAGACCCUUUGCUAUGAUACUCGAAAUUGAGCUCAGUUGCAUCCUGUUUCCAUUGAUCAUCCUUGAGAUGUUUCGACAAUUUACCCCCUUAGUUUGGUACGUUUGGACUUGUGUGAACACUUUAUCCACACUCGUGAGUGAACUAAACAAUGCACGGUGGUUUGCUCAAAAACGGUGGCUCGGUCCGAUUUAAUUCGUACCAUGGUGCGGUUUGCUGCAGGUGAGAAUGCAGUCUGGACCAAACACAGGGGAAAAAAACAGUCUCGCAUUAUUAUUGAUUGUUUGACUGCGAGCAUUUGAUGAAACGCACGCAGCAUCAUAACUUCAGAUCUCUGAAACAUUAUGUGAGUAGUAGCGCAUUAUGAGCGCAUCUGAUGCAGAUUAGGGGAGACAGGGCUAUACACAGGGCUAUACCGGGGAUAUAGGCUACUGAAUAUAGCCUGUUCAUGUCGUCACAGUUAGAGCGGCUAUUGCGCUGUUUCCUCCCGCAUUUUGUUGGAAGACCAAAGAGAAAUAAAUAUUAUGAUUGGGACACACAAGUAAUGUGGAUUUAACUUGAGCAUUUUUGGACAAUAAACAAAUGACUUGCAUGGACAAGCGGUUUUGUUUAGGAAUUUUUGUUUUGACAAAUGUCAUACAUUGUGAAACCAACUGGAUCAAAUGAAAAAAAUACAAUCUAACAAAUAGUCAAGUUUUGAGCUAUAGUUCAAAUCAAUGUGUGAAAAUGCCCUUAAAUAACCCCCUUCCCCAAAGCAUGUAUAAAUAUUGGACUAUAAAUUGUAGCUUCCUGUAUUAUACUUAUGCUAAAAUAUGUAUUAUAUUCUACUGAGCCAUUUACUUUAUGUUCAUAUUCUUAUAUUUUUAUUAUUUCUUAUUGUUGUUGCAUUGUCCAGAAGGAACCUGCAUGUAAAUGUAAGUAAGCAUUUUGUAAAUGUAAACGUAAGUAAGUAUUUCGUUGGACGAUGUAUGACGUGUAUCCUGUACAUACGACUAAUAAAACUUGAAACUAGAGAAGCGCACUGGGGUUAACCAAGGGUGAAGUAUAUAUCCGUAAGUUGUUGUUAUAUAGCUAGCGUGUACCGUUAUAGAAGGAUGGCAUUUAUUAUUAUUAUUAUUUGGUGGAAAAUCGUUAUGAGAAACAUCCCAUUGGACACAGACAUCAGUUAACGUCUAGUUCUGUCUUACAUUUGAUUGUUGUCUAUUAACGUUAAUUCAAAGAAAAAUCGACAACAAUUUGAACAUUGUUAUUGGAUUUAGGUUACAAGUUGGGUAAAAAAAGAAAAAAUUAUUGAGUUUUUACAAAUCCAAUCCGUUUUUCACGUAUAUUCACGUUUCACGUUUCCUUCAUCAGAAGAAAAAUGUUGGGGGGUUAAAAUGCCUGAAAUUAAUGUUUGGGUUGUUGUUGAAAUGCCACGAAAACAAUGUUGAUUCAACCAGUUUGUGCCGAGCGGGUAUUGGAUUGUCUGUAUCGGAUUUCCAGUAAUGGUGCUGCGCUUGAUCUCUCUCUCUAGAUGAGCAGUGUGGUUAAGGCGCGUAUUCACAAAGCAUCUCUGAGUAGGAGCAGAUCUAGGAUCAGUUUCACCUUUUAAUACAUAAUUAGGGUGUUAGGUGACUCGACAAACAAUGGGCACUAUGCGAGAAUUCUACAAAAAACAGCAGUGAUCAAAUACAUUUUCACUAAAUGUCAAUAAUGUGGUCGUCAAAAUACAUAAUACAUUAUUUGAAAACAUGAAUGUCGAAGUUGUUAACCAUGUCUAAAAAUCAUAAUACUGUAUGUUAUGAUAUUUACGUGAUAUGAGCCCAAAUAUAAAGUAAGUGCCUUGCUUAGAACGUUCAAUUCUGUAGGACAGCCUUUUUUUUAUGAAAGCCGCAAAAUCAGCGUGUUCAUAUUUGCUCUUUGCUAUGGGUAUUUCCCACUCUACCAGAGUAAGAUCAAUGUAAAAUUGCAUUGCCAACAAGUAUCGGAUAGUCCGGAGGGUAUUUUAAGGUCAUCAGACAUCCUUGGACUGAAAUAUAAGGUAAAAACGUUUUUCCUUCACUUCUGACAUUGAUGUUUUCAGACAUGAAAAAAACAUAGCAGGUUACACAGUAGAGCUUCGUAGCUACAUUUUGGUGUAUGAGUUGUCAGGGUAGUCUAAAUUCACGCGGCGCUACCCGUUUUUAUGACGAGAUGCUAGCUAGCUACCUGUGUGAGGGAGUGUUUGUUGGCUGGACGCCGUUCGCUGAUAUGGCGAGUGAUUCAUGCCAAAAUUAAGCCUAAUGAAGUUACUGAUACCAUAUCAACUCCAUAAAAACAAUAUUAGGCAAGUUGAUUUGCAGCCAGCCACCAUUACUGUGUAGAUAUGCCUAUUUCUUAAAUCAAUAUGGACACGAGGGCUUUGUUGGAGCCCUAUUCAGAAAUAAGAGGUAGCCUAGGUCUCUCUAGUGCCACGUUCAAAACAACUGGGAACUCGGCAAUCUCUGACUUCCGACUUCAGUGUUUUCAAGAAAACUGGGAACUCUGAAAAAAACGAGCCCCAACUGGGAAAAAUAGUUUUCAAUGAUCAUCCAACUCGGAAACUCAGGCAUCUUUCUCAGACUUUGCAAUCUGAAAAUCACUGAUGUCAUGAUUUGACCUCGUUUUCCCCCCCAGAGUUCCCAGUUUACCUGUUUAACAGAUGCAAUCACUGUCACCAUACACUCCUUAGGCAAUCUGCUAUCAAUUUCUGUGGAGUGCUUGAUGUCUUAUGGUUAAAAGCAGGGCUUGAAUUGAGGGAGUAUGUGAGGAUAUAGAGAAGUGCAAAAAGCAUAGGCUACCCCUUGUUGGAUUACAAAUUGUGCGAAAAAACAACGGUCCAGAUUAUAUACAGCGAUCUAGGCUAUAACAAUGAUUAACUCCACAAUGCUUUCUGCAUAGUCUACUAUCAUAUUGAAGGUCUUGCUCUGCCUCAACAUGGGUUCAUGGUAGACCAUAUAAGCUUAUCAAAACAUUGACUUUUAAAUGUAAAGCAAGUAUCAAUAUCCCACAGAAAAUACGUUUUUUUUUAAUGCUCCGGAAUUGAGAAUAUUAGUGGUCGGCUAUGCAUAUAGCAAAAUACCAAAAAUAUAGAAAAGGUAUAGAAGCGGUAUGGAUCUAUCCAUAGACCAAACGGCUUAAUAGAUAAACACAUUUUAGAUUUUCAGGAGAAUCGCAUUGAAUCAGGCUAUUCAUUUCAGUGCAGUUGCGUUCUUUCGCAUAACCUAUAGCCGAAAUGGAACCAAAACACCCCAGCCUAUUUUGAUCACAGAUCAUGACAAAGCCUGAACAUUUUGGCGAUACUGUAUUUAUCCUUGAUUUAGCCCACUAUCGCCUACAGAUUUGAUACACAUGAAGCCAAAGGCCUAUAUUUAAUCUGGAUUUGACAAACAAUAGCCUGACUAGGAUCCUUUGACUUCCCCCCACGCCAUAUGUGUUUCCAAAUAGGCUAAAUGUAGUCCUAUGAAUAAGGUCUGAAUGUUUUCCUAUUCAUUUGCAUAGGCUAACCAUUGUGAUUAAUUAUAUUGACUAUCUUCUGCUUUUUAUGAAUAAACAGGCAUCAGUAAAAACAAUAAUUGGUUUAGAUAUGCUCCACAAGAAAAUGAGUGAAAUUGCAUUAUUUUCGAAUUUGCAUUGGUUUUCAGUCAAUUACUACUGCUUAGCACCUCACCAUGUUUUUGUGAGUAGGUAUAUUCCUUGUAAAGAUAGUGUAUUAAAAUGUUCUAGACAAGAAUGAGGGGAUGGGUGUGUGGCGAUCAUAGGCCUAUGGAGGCAUAUAAAUUAUGAAUUUCUCCCGCCAAUAUUCGUGCACAUUUGUUGUUUCGUUGUGUGAAUAUUUUAUUCUCAGCUACCCUCCUUUAUUAAUGUAUCAAUUCCCGUUACAUAGCCUGAUCAUUUAUAUCCAGUGCUUCACUUAGGCUAUAACAGCCUCCACUCUUCUGGGAAGGCUUUCCACUAGAUGUUGGAACAUUGCUGCGGGGACUUGCUUUUAUUCAGCCACAAGAGCAUUAGUGAGGACGGGCACUGAUGUUGGGCGAUUAGGUCUUGCUCGCAGUCGGCAUUCCAAUUCAUCCCAAAGGUGUUUGAUGGGGUUGAGGUCAGGGCUCUGUGCAGGCCAGUCAAGUUCUUCCACACCUAUCUCAACAAACCAUUUCUGUAUGGACCUCGCUUUGUGCACUGGGGAAUUGUCAUGCUAAAACAGGAAAGGGCCUUCCCCAAACUGUUGCCACAAAGUUGGGAGCACAGAAUCGUCUAGAAUAUCAUUGUAUGAUGUAGCGUUAAGAUUUCCCUUCACUGGAACUAAGGGGCCUAGCCCGGACCAUUAUUCCUCCUCCACCAAACUUUACAGUUGGCACUAUGCAUUCAGGCAGGUAACGUUCUCCUGGCAUCCACUAAACCCAGAUUCGUCCGCUCGGACUGCCAGAUGGUGAAGCGUGAUUCAUCACUCUAAAGAAUGCGUUUCCACUGCUCCAGAGUCCAAUGGCGGCAAGCUUUUCACCACUCCAGCCGACGCUUGGCAUUGCGCAUGGUGAUCUUAGGCUUGUGUGCGGCUGUUCAGCCAUGGAAACCCAUUUCAUGAAGCACCCGACGAACAGUUAUUGUGCUGACGUUGCUUCCAGAGGCAGUUUGGAACUUGGUAGUGAGCGUUGCAACCGAGGACAGACAAUUUUUACGCACUACGCGUUUCAGCACUCAGCGGUCCCGUUCUGUGAGCUUGUGUGGCCUACCACUUCGUGGCUGAGCCGUUGUUGCUCCUAAAUAUUUCCACAAUAACAGCACUUACAGUUGACCGGGGCAGCUCUAGCAGGGCAGAAAUGUGAUGAACUGACUUGUUGGAAAGGUGGUAUCCUAUGACGGUGCUACAUUGAAAGUCACUGAACUCUUCAGUAAGGCCAUUCUACUGCCAAUGUUUGUCAAUGGAGAUUGCAUGGCUGUGUGCUCAAUUGUAUACACCUGUCAGCAACGGGUGUGGCUAAAAUAGCCAUAUCCACUAAUUUGGAGGGGUGUCCACAUAUUUUUGUAUAUAUAGUGAAUAAACAGUAGCCUACCCAUACCCAAAAUGAAUAGGCUACCAGCACCUAUUUCAGUCCAUGUCAAGCACUGUUUAUAUCACCAGUAGGCCUAAAUGUUCACCAUUAAUCCCCAUUUUUGUAAUCUAGGCGUUUAGUUACGGUAAUAUAUGAUAAUGCAAUUCAAACUGCUAGCCUAUUCUUGUGAUGAAGAAGUUUAGAUUUUAUUAUGAGUUUUGUCUAUUUCUUAAUUUUUGUCAAUUUCUUGAUUGUCUUUUGUUCGCAUGUGUUGGUUUCUUUGUCCUAUCAAUGUUGAUCACACAUCCUCAGCACGCAUAUAGAAGUAGGGUAAUUUGCCUGCGCGCAAAUGUAAGCCAGGCCUAUAAAAGUGGGGAUGUUUGGUAGCCGAGUAUUUCUUAUUGUCUUAACACACCACUACCAAUGAGCAAACCCUUUAGCCUACAUCUUAGAACCCCACAGUCCUGCUCAACGGCUCCCCAUGCAUUUUUCACUGGGGUAGCUAUGGGUUAGCUUGGCCAAUCAAAAUUGAAUGAGUACUCACUUAAAACAAAUGAGUUAAAAAUAACCUGGCCCAUGUUGACGCCAAUGCUUCUCACAGUUCUGUCAAGUUGGCUGGAUGUCCUUUGGGUGGUGGACCAUUCUUGAUUCACACAGGAAAUUGUUGAGCGUGAGGAACCCAGCAGCGUUGCAGUUGUUCACACUCAAACCGGUGCGCCUGGCACCUACUACCAUACAGUGAAGGAAAAAAGUAUUUGAUCCCCUUCUGAUUUUGUACGUUUGCCCACUGACAAAGACAUGAUCAGUCUAUAAUUUUAAUGGUAGGUUUAUUUGAACAGUGGGAGACAGAAUAACAACAAAAAAAUCCAGAAAAACGCAUGUCAAAAAUGUUAUAAAUUGAUUAGCAUUUUAAUUAGUAUUUGACCCCUCUGCAAAAAAUGACUUAGUACUUGGUGGAAAAACCCUUGUUGGCAAUCACAGAGGUCAGACGUUUCUUGUAGUUGGCCACCAGGUUUGCACACAUCUCAGGAGGGAUUUUGUCCCACUCCUCUUUGCAGAUCUUCUCCAAGUCAUUAAGGUUUGGCAACUCAAACCUUCAGCUCCCUCCACAGAUGGGAUUAAGGUCUGUAGACUGGCUAGGCCACUCCAGGACCUUAAUGUGCUUCUUCUUGAGCCACUCCUUUGUUGCCUUUGCUGUGUGUUUUGGGUCAUUGUCAUGCUGGAAUACCCAUCCACGACCCAUUUUCAAUGCCCUGGCUGAGGGAAGGAGGUUCUCACCCAAGAUUUGACGGUACAUGGUCCCGUCCAUCGUCCCUUUGAUGCGGUGAAGUUGUCCUGUCCCCUUAGCAGAAAAACACCCCCAAAGCAUAAUGUUUCCACCUCCAUGGGGAUGGUGUACUUGGGGUCAGCAUUCCUCCUCCUCCAAACACGGCGAGUUGAGUUGAUGCCAAAGAGCUCGAUUUUGGUCUCAUCUGACCACAACACUUUCACCCAGUUCUCUUCUGAAUGAUUCAGAUGUUCAUUGGCAAACUUCAGACGGCCCUGUAUAUGUGCUUUCUUGAGCAGGGGGACCUUGCGGGCGCUGCAGGAUUUCACUCCUUCACGGCGUAGUGUGUUACCAAUUGUUUUCUUGGUGACUAUGGUCCCAGCUGCCUUGAGAUCAUUGACAAGAUCCUCCCGUGUAGUUCCGGGCUGAUUCCUCACCGUUCUCAUGAUCAUUGCAACUCCACGAGGUGAGAUCUUGCAUGGAGCCCCAGGCAGAGGGAGAUUGACAGUUCUUUUGUGUUUCUUCCAUUUGCGAAUAAUUGCACCAACUGUUGUCACCUUCUCACCAAGCUGCUUGGCGAUGGUCUUGUAGCCCAUUCCAGCCUUGUGAAGGUCUACAAUCUUGUCCCUGACAUCCUUGGAGAGCUAUUUGGUGUUGGCCAUGGUGGAGAGUUUGGAAUCUGAUUGAUUGAUUGCUUCUGUGGACAGGUGUCUUUUAUACAGUUAACAAACUGAGAUUAGGAGCACUCCCUUUAAGAGUGUGCUCCUAAUCUCAGUUUAUUACCUGUAUAAAAGACACCUGGGAGCCAGAAAUCUUUCUGAUUGAGAGGGGGUCAAAUACUUAUUUCCCUCAUUAAAAAGCAAAUCAAUUUAUAACAUUUUUGAUGUGUUUUUCUGGAUUUUGUUGUUGUUAUUCUGUCUCUCACUGUUCAAAUAAACCUACCAUUAAAAUUAUAGACUGACCAUGUCUUUGUCAGUGGGCAAACGUACAAAAUCAGCAGGGGAUCAAAUACUUUUUUCCCUCACUGUACCCUGUUAAAAGGCAUUUAAAUCUUUUGUCUUGCCCAUUCACUCUCUAAUGGCGCACAAUCCAUGUCUCAAUUGUCUCAAGGCUUAAAAAUCCUUCUUUAGGCCUCCCGAGUGGCGCAGCGGUCUAAGGCACUGCAUUGCAGUGUUGCGGCGUCACUACAGCCUGGGGUUCGAUCCCGGCGUCGUCCGGGUUAGGGGAGGGUUUGGCCGGGGGGGGCUUUACUUGGCUCAUUGCGCUCCAGCGACUCCUUGUGGCGGGCUGGGCGCCUGCAGGCUGACUUCGGUCGUCAGCUGAACAGUGUUUCUUCUGACACAUUGGUGCAGCUGGCGUCUGGGUUAAGCGAGCAGGUGUUAAGUGCGGAUAGGCGGGUCUUGUUUCGGAGGACGCAUGACUCGACCUUCGCCUCUCCCGAGCCCGUUGGCGGUGUCACCGCAUGAAACCUAUCAUUACUCAUCUUCUGAAUUAUUAAUUUCACUUCGACGUCAACUGCAACAACUGUUUUUAUAAGACCAAACUGGGAUUCACCGUCUGUGGAGCAUGACGCCAACAUAGAGCAGAAGUUUCCAAUGUUUGUUUAAAGAUGGUGUCUUGUCACCAAUAACGAGCGGAAGAAAUCUAAGUAGUAGUUAGGAGAAUUGCGCAACAGUAUUGCGUUCUCUACUCUACGGUCUCCUCUUUGUGCACUCUGCACCAGCGACAACAACUAUGGGCUAUGAAGCUUUUAUUGUAUCCGAGUAAGGCUUUGAGCCCCAAGUUAUCCCAUAAACCUUUUGAACAAGCCAUAUUAACAAAGACUCUGGUAACUAAGCUCCUUCUAUCUGUGAUAUUAACAGUUGAACCGCAGUCAAAUAUUUAUGUUUCUUUCUACCUACUUGUCCCAUGGUUCCGCAGAGGGAUAUUUGGAUUGAUGAGAUUGGGUAAUGUAUUGUAUUUGCAUAUAACCACGCGAUUGGAUUAGACGGGGCACUAGUAGAGGUGGGCGUUGCUUCGAGAAAGAGAGGUUCCUGAGUUAGAGAGGCCGCUGCGCCCGGUAGAUUUUUAAAGCUGUCUAAAAAAAAUGUUGGACUUUUAUAUAACAAAAUGCGAUGUUGUCCGGUCCGAAUUUACCCUUUUCUGGGUCUGGACCCGCCAGUUGAUUUUGGCUGAUCUAGUGGAAAGCCCUCCCGAGUGGCGCAGUGGUCUAAGGCACUGCAUUGCAGUGUUAGCUGUGCCACUAGAGAUCCUGGUUCGAAUCCAGGCUCUGUCGUAGCCGGCCGCGACCGGGAGACCCAUGGGGCGGCGCACAAUUGGCCCAGCGUCGUCCAGGGUAGGGGAGGGAAUGGGGAUGUAGCUCAGUUGGUAGUUGGUUGUGGGUUCGAUUCCCACGGGGGGCCAGUAUGAAAAAAAUUAAAAAUAAUGUAUGCACUCACUAAGUCGCUCUGGAUAAGAGCGUCUACUAAAUGACUAAAAUGUAAAUGUAAGAGUGGAGGCUGUUAUAGCAGUAAAGGGGGGACCAACUCCAUAUUAAUGCCUGUGAUUUUGGAAUGAGAUGUUCGACGAGAAGGUGUCCACAUACCUUUGGUCAUAUAGUGUAUAUCAGCAAUUGUAAGUCCUAUACUCAUGAAAUAAAGUGUUCUGUGUUCCUGAGAAGCUUCUCUAUAAAAUGGAAUACAACGUAAAACACCAGAAGCACAGUUUCAUUUUGAGCCCUAACAUAAUGAAUAAGAGAGGGGACCUGAUCCUACAUAGAUCAGCGCUCCUACCCUGAGACCCUUUGUGAAUAUGGGCCCUGGUCUGGUGAGUGACACACACACUCACUCACUCACUCACUCACUCACUCACUCACUCACUCACUCACUCACUCACUCACUCACUCACUCACUCACUCACUCACUCACUCACUCACUCACUCACUGUCACACACAGGUGACCCUAUGUCACACAUCCAUUACCAAGGUAACAACAGAGGUAAAAAGAGAAAGAGACUUGUUUUCCUCCAUACCAUCUCCAAUCCUACAAUCUCUCUCUUUCUUUCUCUCUGCUCGCACCAUCUUUCACCUGCACUUUCUUCUUUUCUCUAUUUAUGUUUCCCUCUCUCUGCCCUUCUGUCUCUGUAUUCAGCUCUCUCUGUCUCUCUAGAUCUCUCUAUCUACAGUGCAUUCGGAAAUUAUUCAGACCCCUUCCCUUAUUCUAAAAUUGAUUAAAUACAUUUUUGUCCUCAUCAAUCUACACACAAUACCCCAUAAUGACAAAGCGAAAACAGGUUUUUAGAAAUUUUGCAAAUGUAUUACAAAUUAAAAACGGAAAUACCUUACUUACUUAAGUAUUCAGACCCUUUGCAAUGAGACUCGAAAUUGAGCUGGAGUGCAUCCUGUUUCCAUUGAUCAUCCUUGAGAUGUUUCUACAACUUGAUUGGAGUCCACCUGUGGUAAAUUCAAUUGAUUGGACAUUAUUUUAAAAGGCACACACCUGUCUAUAUAAGGUCCCACAGUUGUCAGUGCAUGUCAGAGCAAAAUCCAAGCCAUGAAGUUGAAGGAAUUGUCCAUAGAGCUCCGAGACAGGAUUGUGUCGAGGCACAGAUCUGGGGAAGGGUACCAAAACAUGUCUGCAGCAUUGAAGGUCCCCAAGAACACAGUGACCUCCAUCAUUCUUAAAUGGAAGAAGUUUGGAACCACCAAGACUCUUCCUAGACCUGGCCGCCCGGCCAAACUGAGCAAUCGGGGGAGAAGGGCCUUGGUCAGGGAGGUGGCAAGAACCUGAUGGUCACUCUGACAGAGCUCCAGAGUUCCUCUGUGGAGAUAGGAGAACCUUCCAGAAGGACAACCAUCUCUGCAGCACUCCACCAAUCAGGCCUUUAUGGUAGAGUGGCCAGACGGAAGCCACUCCUCAGUAAAAGGCACAUGCCAUCCUGCUUGGAGUUUGCCAAAAGUCACCUAAAGAACUCUCAUACCAUGAGAAACAAGAUUCUCUGGUCUGAUGAAACCAAGAUUGAACUCUUUGGCCUGAAUGCCAAGCGUCACGUCUGGAGGAAACCUGCCACCAUCCUUACGGUGAAGCAUGGUGGAGGGCAGCAUCAUGCUGUGGGGAAGUUUUUCAGCGGCAGGGAUGGGGAGACUAGUCAGGAUCGAGGGAAAGAUGAACGGAGCAAAGUACAGAGAGAUCAUUGAUGAAAACCUGAUCCAGAGUGCUCAGGACCUCAGACUGUGGCGAAGGUUCACCUUCCAACAGGACAAUGACACUAGGCACACAGCCAAGACAACACAGGAGUGGCUUCAGGAAAAGUCUCUGAAUGUCCUUGAGUGGCCCAUCCAGAGCCCGGACUUGAACCCGAUUGAACAUCUCUGGAGAGACCUGAAAAUAGCUGUGCAGCGACGCUCCCCAUCCAACCUGACAGAGCUUGAGAGGAUCUGCAGAGAAGAAUGGGAGAAACUCCCCAAAUACAGGUGUGCCAAGCUUGUAGCGUCAUACCCACGAAGACUCGAGGCUGCAAUGGCUUCCAAUGGUGCUUCAACAAAGUACUGAGUAAAGGGUCUGAAACCUGUUUUUGCUUUGUCAUUAUGGGGUAUUGUGUGUGUAGAUCGAUGAGGGGGAAAAAAACAAUUUAAUCAAUUUUAGAAUAAGGCUGUAAUGUAAUAAAAUGUGGAAAAUGUCAAGGGGUCUGAAUACUUUCCGAAGGCUCUGUAUCUCUCGCUCCCCUCUCUCUAUGCCAUAUAAAAGCAGCCUAUGUUCCAGGCAUUAUGGCAGUGGGCCAUGAUAGCCCAGACUAUUCUGACCCUGAAGUGCUCUUGACAUUAGGGUUGGGCUGAAUCCAGAUUUCCAUACCUUCAUACCGUUCCUGUACCAUAUGUGGGUACAACUGGCUUACCUGGUUAAAUAAAGGUUAAAUAAAAUAAAUAAAAAAUACCGGCAGUGCACACAUGCUAACAAAGUACUAGCGAAUUCCCAUAGCAGACACUAGCUAAAUGCUAAGGACCGAGCUCAUAAAGUUAUACAACUAUCUAAAGAGUCUACUCGCACUUCAUCCAGAAGGGGAUCUACCAACCCUGAUGUUCUAGCAGUGUCUGAAUCUUGGCUUAGGAAGGCCACAAGAAAUUUCCAUUCCGAACUACAACAUUUUCCGUCUAGAUAGAACUGCCAAAGGGGGCGGAGUUGCAAUCUAUGUAGAGAUAGCCUGCAGAGCUCUAUCAUACUAUCCAGGUCUGUGCCCAAACAGUUUGAGCUUCUACUUCUAAAAAUCCACCUUUCCAGAAAUAAGUCUGGAGUUGCAAUUAUCAUUAGAACGGUGAGGAAUCAGCCCAGAACUAAACAAGAGGAUCUUGUCAAUGAUCUCAAGGCAGCUGGGACCAUAGUCACCAAGAAAACAAUUGGUAACACACUACGCCGUGAAAGACUGAAAUUCUGCAGCGCCCGCAUGGUCCCCCUGCUCAAGAAAGCGCAUAUACAGGCCCUUCUGAAGUUUGCCAAUGAACAUCUGAAUGAUUCAGAGGAGAACUGGGUGAAAAUGUUGUGGUCAGAUGAGACCAAAAUCGAGCUCUUUGGCAUCAACUCAUCUCGCCAUGUUUGGAGGAGGAGGAAUGAUGCCUAUGACUCCAAGAACACCAUCCCCACCAUCAAACAUGGAGAUGGAAACAUUUUGCUUUGGGUGUGUUUUUCUGCUAAGGGGACAGGACAACUUCACCGCAUCAAAGGGAUGAUGGACGGGGCCAUGUACCGUCAAAUCUUGGGUGAGAACCUCCUUCCCUCAGCCAGGGCAUUGAAAAUAGGUCGUGGAUGGGUAUUCCAGCAUGACAAUGACCCAAAACACACGGCCAAGGCAACAAAUGAGUGGCUCAAGAAGAAGCACAUUAAGGUCCUGGAGUAGCCUAGCCAGUCUCCAGACCUUAAUCCCAUAGAAAAUCUGUGGAGGGAGCUGAAGGUUCGAGUUGCCAAACGUCAGCCUCGAAACCUUAAUGACUUGGAGAAGAUCUGCAAAGAGGAGUGGGACAAAAUCCCUCCUGAGAUGUGUGUAAACCUACAAGAAACGUCUGACCUCUGUGAUUGCCAACAUGGGUUUUGCCACCAAGUACUAAGUCAUGUUUUGCAGAGGGGUCAAAUACUUAUUUCCCUCAUUAAAAUGCAAAUACAUGUAUACAAUUUUUGACAUGCAUUUUUCUGGAUUUUUUUGUUGUUAUUCUGUCUCUCACUGUUCAAAUAAACCUACCAUUAAAAUUAUAGACUGAUCAUGUCUUUGUCAGUGGGCAAACGUACAAAAUCAGCAGGGGAUCCAAUACUUUUUUCCCUCACUGUAUGUGUCAAGUGUAGACACGACCUAUGAUGUUCCGUCUCCUUAUUAAUUCAGCCACUUACUUAGCCAACUAGCAAGUUAAACCAAAUACACAGCUGGACUCACCAGCUCCGAUCCGCUUUCUCCCGUUGUGCUAUUUACAAACAAACACAUGACUGGCACAACUGCGUGUGAUCAGGGGUGUAUUCAUUCCGCCGAUUCUGUUGAAAAACGUUUCUUAAACGUCAGCAAACGGAACAAAACGGGGAUAAAUAUACCUGAAUUUGUCCAAUAGAAACUCUCGUUUGCAACUGUUGGACUAAUGAUUACACCUUAUAUCCGCUAGAUGCAGGCAAGAGUGUGUAAUGCGGUAUUGAAUGUGUCACUGUCUGUCACCUCAAAAUGUUCUCUCAACCUGUGUACACCUAUGUUGUAAUCUUUCAUUCAUAGGCUAGGUUGUAGGGAAAAUGUGGGUAUCAUGUAGUAGCCUAAACCUAUCGCUGUUACAUUGAACUGGGUGAAUGGAAUAUGAAUGACAGUAAUCCAAUAUGCUGUAAUAGAAAUAAGGCCAUGCUCAUGAAAAAAAAAAUGGUACUCACACAUCUUAAACGGCGCUGACCACCACUGCUACACAUGCAUGUGUGUGAUCAGGUGGGUAGGCCUAAGUGUGUGAGUUACGCAACUCCAAGUCACACAUUCAGUGUGACUGCCUCUGCUUGGCCUAAUGCCCAAGGCUCACACAUCGAGAGACAUCAAAGUAAUUGCCUGCAUCUCACACUAUUCUUCCAAACUAUUCCAAACUCCUUACACAACCACAGGACUCUCUCAUAGUUCUUGUCAGACACCUCCUGCAGCCUGUUUCUGUGUCGAUUCACUAGCAGAAUGCUGACAGCUAACGCUAAUACUAAAACGCAACCAACAGCUAAUGCUAACAGCUAGAGCUAGCUAGAGCUAGCUGCUGGAGAGUAGUCAAGGACUCAUUUUCUCCAACUGUCUGAUGGCCUACGUCACACUGUGAACUCAAUGAAAGAACAGUUUUCCCUCUCUCUUUUGUUCUCUCUCUUUUUUUCCCCUCUUCUUCUACUUUCUAGGGCCCAUAGUCGUAGUCUGGCUGACGAGACUCACAUGGUCAGCGAGGGAGAGUUGUGCUUAUUUCUGGCUGAGCUUUGAUUGGUUCUCUCAGAUGUUUUUUCUUCUUCUUGGGGGGUUGAGAUGAGACCUCACGUUGUUUGGAUUUUGAAAAUCCAACAGUUGUGAUGGAAGGGGGUGGCGCUCAGGGGCUGUGUGUGGUUGUCCAUGGUGGGUGUUUUAGUGAGAAAGACACAGAGGAGAACCAAUCAGUAAAAAAACACAGCCCCCUACAUUAUCGACGCAUCAUGCUGACAACAUCAAGAGCCUUGCCAGACUCUAAAGUCAGUGUGUGUGUGUGUGUGUGCGCACAUUGUGUGCGUGUGUGCAUCCAGUCAAUAUAGUAAAACUAAAGCACCUAGUGUUUUAUUUUUCUCUUCCAAUUCUCUCUUUCUCUCCCUCUCUUGUUCUCCAUUUUAUUAUACCUCCUAUCUGGCUUAAGUAAACGUCAUUGUAUCAUAGGACUGCUGUUUGUUGUGUAAUGAUUGAGGAAAGUGCUUCGGGCCCUUUGAGCUGAGAGAUUGGCUGCCCUACUUCUGACCGACUGUGUCCGUCUCUCUAUCGGUGUGUGUGUUCAUCUCCCCUCUUACAUCUCUUUCCAACUGGCUGCUUUGCUACAUAGAAAGCCUCAAGGUCUGUUUCUCUCUUCUCCUCUUCUCUCUUUCACACUCUGUCUCUCUUGCUGUGUGUGUGCUUCUCUCUCUCUCUCUCUCUCGCGCUCUCUCUCGCGCUCUCUCACUCUCGCGCUCUCUCUCUCUCGCGCUCUCUCUCUCUCUGUGUUUGUUUGUUUGCACAGAACAGUAGAGUAUAGUUAAGUAGAGUACAGUAGACAUCAAAACUAUGAAGUAACACAUGAGAGAGUGUGCAAAGCUGUCAUCAAGGCAAAGGGUGGCUACUUUGAAGAAUCUCAAAUAUAGAAUAUAUUUUGAUUUGUUUAACACCUUUUUGGUUACUACAUGAUUCCAUAUGUGUUAUUUCAUAGUUUUGAUGUCUUCACUAUUAUUCUACAAUGUAGAAAAUAGUACAAAUAAAGACAAACCCUUAAAUGAGUAGGUGUGUCCAAACCUUUGACAGGUACUGUAUAUCGAAGAACUCUGUCUUUCUCACACACACGCAGCUGUAUCUGACAGAUGGGACCACAGUGUGGUGUCUGCUGUGGUCGGUCUCUGUGGUCUCAACCAGCAGCACUGUUGUUAAAGUAACACAUUAUGUGUAACACACCUAGGUGUCACGAAUCCCCCCGGUACUGCUGCUCAUUCCGUUCACCAGCUCCGGAGGUCUACGUCACCGGUCUUCUAGGCGUCACUGACCUGGAUCAUUACCACCAACUGAUAGAUUCAUUUGUAUUUUAAGAAUAAGGACUAAAGGAUUUCACCCCAAAUACAGUAUAAAAAUGUGUGAACGAUGUUAGUUAUAAUUUAGUGUCAACCCACUAACAGAGGGGCGGGGAGUUAGAAACUGCUGAGAAAGCAUUCCAGGGUGAAGGGCACUAAGAAACUGUUUAAAGGUGGGCAGAGCAAAGUGCCUUUGUGUGUCAAGGGAUAUAAAAGCUGUAUGUAUGUUUUUUGGCGCCAGAGCUCCCCAUGAAUAAAAAUACAGAUCAUUCUUGCUGGUAGCGGACCUUUGCUUAAUUCAUGAUUAAACCAGAGAAUUUACACCCUCUGGGAAUUAUUCAGAGCAUUAAGUUUGAUUAAUUCGAGAUAGAAAUUCUCGUGACACCAACCCCGGACUGUCUUGUCUCAUUACGCACACCUGGUUCCCAUUCCCCCUGAUUAGCAUGUGUAUAUAUGUGCCCACUGUUCCCCAUUGUCCUUGUCGAUUAUUGUCCCCAUGUCCGUUGGUCUCGUGAGUGCCUGUGCUCUGUUGUAUCGACUUUCGUGCUACGUGUUACUGUACAUUGUAUUGCGGUUUACAUACCGUGUAAUUGUGCACUUGUUAUUACGGGUCUCAUCCCGUGUAUUAUUUAGAGGUUUACACCUCGCUCCUCUGUUUGGGUUACAACCCUGUGUUUUUAUUUAUAUAUAUAUACACACACACACACGUGUUUGUUUUUGGCUUCGUCCCUGUUGUUUUUCAUGACGUACCUUAUAUUGGGUAGAGAAAUAAAAAAUCCUAUUACGUAUUCAUGCGCCUGUCUUCUAUCAUUAUACAACGUGACACUAGGGCUGUUACGGUGACCUUAUUACUGCCACACAGGCGGUCACGAGUCAUGACGGCAGUCAAAUUCCACGUGACCGUGUAGUCACAGUAAUUAGGCUUCUCCAAGCUCUGAUGCUGCUGCUGGUCAUUAGUAGCCUACCAAACUUGCUAACUGCCUGGUACUCAGCACUAUAUUGUCCCUCUAAUCACUCUGAAAUCAAUGUCAUCGAAAAUCUAAUCAAACACUUCAUGAGAGCCCAUGAGGUCAACUUUCCUAAUAUUAAGCACAUUGCUUCUCUUUACAACAGGAGUAUAGCCUACCUGGCUGGCAUGAAAAUGAACCACAGGAAAAGCAUCCUCCAUUCGCUAUUUAAGUGCAUACGUAGAUGACAUGUAUUUCGAGACGGGUGCAUGAUAAUGGUCCAUUCUAAAUCAAAACAAAUUUCACACAUUUAUGUAAAGACAAGAUUAAAUCAAGAAUAGUGUGAUGGGUGACAAUAUUAGCCUAUCACUUGUGAAUGAGAUAUUAUCACUUGUGAAUGAUGCCCAGCUUAAGGCAAGAAACAGCUAAUGGUUUUUUUGCGACUUUUUUCAAAUCAUAGUCGCACACCUCAUGUAACCUAGCCCAUAGGCCUAUAUGUUUUAAUAAGGUUUGUAUCACAACUAAAGUGGCCAAAUAACUUCUUAAAAUGAAGCACAUUAAUCCGCUUUACAACGGGUGUAGAGCCUAACUGGCAUACAUAAGCAGCGCGUGAGUUUCAAGUUUGGGGAAGAUAAUUUUCACCAUAAAAAUACACCUUUAUAAUAAAAGCAUUACAUGUAUAAUCACAUUUGUGGUCACUUUUGAGAAUGGUGUUUUCCGCUAAUGGAACAUUCGCGUUUAUAGCCUACUGCUGUGUGCGCAUUGCUGCACUUAUAAUGUGAAGGAAUAGCCUAAUAGUUUAUCAACAUUUUAAGCUAAACGUUCUCAUCUGUUGCGUCAGGCUCAUUGCUUAAAACAGUUUUUUUAAUGCUAGUGGUUGUAUUAAUUUGGGAUGUAUCGCACCCCACAACUGUCCCAGACUAUGUUUGGAAUAUUUAUUUCUCGCACAGAAUAGAAUAGGUCAACUUUUGUACUAUGGGGGAUAGUAGAUUGACAUAGGCUAGUGCUUUUGCUGUUCGUUAGGCCUACUUAUCUUGUUAGUUGACGAAAAGUAAAUGUGGAUAGUUCUUCCAAAAUCUUCAAUAUGCACCUCGUAAUUGGAUAAGGACGCGCGCAGUUGCGUCCCCGAUGUGUCUGCCUUCACUUGUAGCCUGUGAGAAAGACCCGAUCACGUGACUGAGAGCCAUGUGAGUGAGAGGUGCUACGGCACGCAGCCGGGAGAAGGGAAUUAUAAUUAUUAUAUUUUGCCCAAGGGCACAACGGCACUGGCCGCAAAAGGCAUGGAUUUCUUUGGGGGGCAUUACGGCCACACAAAAGGGAUGCAGCCGAGCAGAGCUCAUGGCUUUCAUGCAACUUUUUUUCAAAUCAUCAUUAGAGUCGCAUCAUGCAGCCUUAGAAUGUAUUACAAAUCUAAAACAUAUUGCCCAAUGUUUGUAUCACAACUAAAAUUACAUAAAUAACUCUAAAUUAAGCAUAUAGGAGUACCUGUUUCUUUGUUAACCGCUCAACACAGAAUAGCCGCAUGUGCGCACUCCCUCAAAUCCUUUGGAGAAUAUAUCCUUUCUAUUUUUUUCAGCGAUGUUCAACUGUGUUCUUCAUACUAUAAAAUAUAUAUAAAUAAUGCCACGGAAUUCUAAGCAGAUCUUGUCUGCUAAAUGAACUAGUGUAGCCCACAGCCAUAUGGCAUAGCCAGAUCAGGACCUAACAUAAGGACAACUCAGAGUAUGCUAUUCUGUUCUUCUGAAAUAUACUUAAUUUUCUUCAUAUCAUGUUUCUUUAGACCUGUCUAAAAUAAAUAAUGGAUUUAUUGUGAAGGUGUAGGCUAUAUUACAUGGAUUUAUUAGACUUUUUAAAAAUGUAGAUGUUCCAAGGGUCUGCAUCAGUGGCUUGUAGGAUAUGUGUGGAAGCCAGGAGAUGCUAAAUAUGUUUAUGUUAAUUAACGGUCAAUUACCGUGAGACUGGCAGUUAUUUGCUUGACAAUCACCAGCUGACAACAUUUUAUGACCGCCACAGCCCUAAACACACAACAACAUUCUGACAAGCCGGUGCCCUUGAACAAGCCCCUAACUAACCACAACGCUUUAACAAACCCCAACACUGACAGUCCGCUGCAGUCUUAAACCACACUGGCUAUCAUGUCAGUACUCUUCUCUUAAAAUGCUAUUCUACUUUAUUGCCAUAAUUAAGGCCAAACUAGCUCUUAUGACGACAAUGUAAAGCCAAGCUAUGAGUUGUUGUCAUCACCUAUGGGUUUCUCCCUUUAACCAGACCAUGUCUCCUUUCCUCUCCCAUGUGGUCUGGUCCCCUGCUGUGUUUAGCCCUGUUUGUAACCCUGUUAUAGAGCCACUGUAGGGGGCAGGCCUGCCAGCCAGUGUUAGCCCAGGGCCCUCUCUCCCAGCCCUCUCUCCCAGCCAACCCUCUCUUCCACUGGGCUAGAUUGUUCGCUAAGCACUGCCAAGAGUGAAGCCCAGGAGCCCAAUCAAUAACAUGUGCAGUCAAGUGGAAAUCACGCGUCUCGUACACACACCUAUUCACGCACAUAUACACAAACAGAUACGCAUGCGUGCGCGAACACACUCACGGAUACACUUGCGGAAACACACACUCACGUUUAUUUUACUAUCCUUGUGGGGACCAAACAAUUGAUUCCUGUUCAAAAUACUAUUUUCCCUGACCCUUACCCUAACUCCUAACCCUAAUUCUAACCCUAACCCUAAUUCUAACCUUAACACUAACCUAACCGCUUAGCCUAAAAUAGCCUUUUUCCUUGUGGGGACCGAUGAAAUGUCCCCACUUGUCACGAUUGUCCUUGUUUUACUAUCCGUGUGAGGACUUCCGGUCCCCACAAGGAUAGUAAAACCAAACACACAAACAGACACACUUCACACACCUGAACUAGGUCAACUAGUGAACACACAAUGUCAGGAAGAGGAAAAGAAGGAACGGUCGAAGGGCAGCAGAACGUGAAGCGCAACAACCAACGCUGCCAGCAGAUGAGCCCGAAGAGCCCCAGAUCCCACAGCACGCCCCGAAAACAACAUGAGCAGCAGAGAGGUGAGGAAGAGGAGGACAAGGGAGCAGAGAGGAAGAAACGACACCAACCCAAGAGCAACAGCCAGUCCUAA